AUGGCCCGCGCGGGAGCCGCCUCCUCCCCCGCGCCGCCGCCCCCGCUGCCCGCCUCGCCCCUGGCUCGGGAGGCGGCGGCGGCGGCGGAGGAGGACGAGGAGGAGGAGGAGGAGGAGGACGACCCCCCGUCCCGGACCCUGCUGCCCCGCUCCUCCCCGGUGCCCAGGCCCCAGCACCCCGCCGCCGCCGCCGCCGCCGGCGGGGGAAGCAGCUCCUCCUCGGGCGACGAGGACGAGGAGCAGCCGCGGCAGCCAGGGCAGCAGCCCGAGCAGCGCCAGCCCCCUCGCUUGCCAGGGCCGCUCUGCCCGCAGCCCCCGGGCCCGGCUGGCCCGCUCUCCCCGCACGGCCAAGGGCAGCAGCCCCCGCAGCCCGUCCCCGCCGCCGCCGCCGCUGCCACGGAGGAGCCCUCCCAGCAUGCUGCAGGCCGGCACGUGCUGUUCGCUGAUGCCCUGGGCCUGCCCUUGGCCCGCUGGCGGCGCUACCAGCCCUGGCCCCCGCCGUCUCCUGAAUCCCCCCCUGAGGUGGUGCCCCCCUUGGCCUCUGCUCAGCCACCCUCCCCUCCUACCCCCUACUUUCUGCCAUCUUUUGUGUUGCAGCCGGCGGGGCAAGGUGAGGAGGAGAAGCUUGGGCGCCUGCGCCAGGCCAAGGUGGAGCUGGAAGAGUUGCUGCCCCCAGAGCCAGGGGAGCCCCGGGUGUUGCGUGGCACCGUGCGGGUGCUCAACGUUUCUUACCACAAGGCUGUGCACGUGCGGGCCAGCCGAGACCGCUGGCAGAGUCACCGGGACUACCCUGCCCUCUAUAUUCCAGGGGGUUCGCCAGACGGGGGCCUGACGGACCGCUUUGCUUUCCGCCUGGAAUUUGGCGAUGAGGAUGAGGAAGAGGAAGAGGAUGGAGGGCCCCGGCUUGACUUUGUGGUGCGGUACCAGACCGAGGAGGGCGUCUACUGGGCCAACAAUGAUGGCAGGAACUACAGUGUGGUACUGAAGGGGGCUGCACCUUCCCAGGGUGUGCCAAAGAGGUCUGGCAAAGAGGGCGAAUCACGAAGACUCAAGAGCUGUAUGAGGCCAAUCAAAAUCAGGUAAUGCCCCUCAGUGUUCUAUGUGCCCAUUUCCAAAAGCUGUUGGCACCUGUACCCAAUCCAUGGCCUGGGGCUUUCUGCUCUCACAUCCCUCAUGAAUCCACUAGAUACUACUCUGCUCAAAAGAGGGGCUUGGAACCAAAGUUUCUUGCUUCCUUAGCCCUGCGAGAAAUCGCUCAGCCCCUUUCAGGAUAGAAGGUCUUGCCCAGCAGUAUUGUUUCCCAGUUUGCUUGGACCCUAUGUGCAGUAACCUCUAAUAUUUGCGAAUUGGAGAUGCUCUUUUAGGUCACAAAUUUCCUUUUGAAGAGAGGGACUAGCUACAGUUUUUUGUUUUUUGUUUUUGCUAAAAGGAAACAUAAAAUAUAUGGUGUAUUAAUUUAAGCACUAAGUAGGCUUGUCUCAAAGGCUCUCCUCCUAUCUCUGAACUGCUUUUAAUGGGUCCCUUUUCCCUCUUUGUCUCUCACUUGUACCAAUGAUUCUUUAGUGAAAUAAGGGCAUCCCUAGGGGAGGUGCAAAUAGUUGUCAGAGAAGGUGUCAGCUUGGUUUUGGCCCCUCCCAAAUAAUGCCUUAGGGUAUUUUCACACAUGGCCCUAAAAACACCAUUGAGUUCAUGUUCUUGCUUUGAUGUUAAAUCUAUGUGUGACUUAUACCACUUCAGACUGAAGAUGGAGGCUCAUAUGAACCAUCACCACCCACCUGUUCUUCCCUGUACACAUGUCAUUGUUUGCUGAUAACCCAAAAUCUGCUACCUAAGGUGAUCAGCCAUUUGGUAGGCUGAAGCCAAUUGCUUCACAUAACAGAUUUUGUGGUAUCAUUAAGGGAUAGUGACUUUUGAGUUAUAUUUUUACCACUAUACCAGAAGGGCAUUGCUUGGAUUUUCCUGUAGGAAAUGAUGGUGUGUGCAUGCACAGGUGUCGCCCCACUUACGUGGGGGUUACAUUCCUGGUCCCCCCCCCCAAUAAGUGAAAUCAUGUAAAGUGGGAAGCAGCCUCUAAAUGCCGAUUUCCUCCUCUCCAGCUCUCUCUCCCAUUCUCUCCAAUCCAGACCAAAAUAUUUAGGGGCUGGAGGAUGCAUGAGAAAGUGGCUGUUGCUGUUGCGCUACCCCUCACGUCAGCUGUUAGGUGAGGAGGCUGAGCAGCGUAAACAAAGCCCUGCUGCUGCUUCGGUCUCUUUGGGGCUUCCUCUGCCCUCUCUGACAUCCUCUUUGGGCUCUGGGAAGAGUCUCCUUGCAAGCCACAAGGACUUUCCAGCUCUCUCCUACCAUUUUCCGGUGUGAUUCUAUUUAUUUAUUUAUUUAUUUAUUUAAUUUAUUUCCUGGCACCGUGUGUAUACACAGUUGCGCAUGAGUAGAAUGUGUGUAAGUGGGGAGAUGCCUGUAACUUCAAGUUUAGCCUUUAGUGGCUUGUGUGAAAACCAACUUACAGUGGUACCCCACAAGACGAAUGCCUCGCAAGAUGAAAAACUCGCAAGACGAAAGAGUUUUUCGUUUUUUGAGUUACUUCACAAGACAAAUUUCCCUAUGGGCUUGCUUCGCAAGACGAAAAACGAAAAAAACGAAAAUGUCUUGCAAGUUUGUUUCCUUUUUCUUAAAACCGUUAAUACCCAGGGUGACUUCGAGGAGCACGCGGUAUGGUAGCCUUUUUUGAGGUUUUUGAAGACUUUGGUGAUUUUGAAGACUUUGGGAAACCGUGCUUCGCAAGACGAAAAAUCCGCAAGACGAAAAAACUCGCAGGUCGAAUUAAUUUCGUCUUGCGAGGCACCACUGUACCUGAAGAACCCAGAGCCAGCACUACCCCACUUUGUUAAGUACUGUAACAAAGUAGACUGUGACAGACAUUGUGAUCACCACCACUACAAACAGAAUGAUAAACAGUUCUGUGUUCCCCCUCCAUUUCCUUCCUUUGUUGACUUAGUUUUCAUGAAGAACCCAGAGAACUUCAGGUUUUUGUUUGUGGUAGACAGGCAAAAACUACUGAGGCAUUUCAGGGCUACUGUCCAUUUAAUUACAUGUUUCCUGUAUUUCAUUACUUCCCGUUGAUCAACAGAAAGCAAUAAAGCAGGACUUGCAAAUGGGAUACUUUAUUAACAUUAGUCAGAACCUUUGCUGACUGGGACAGAUUUGUGAGCAAAUGUGGUGCAAGAAUACUGUCCAUGGGAAAGGCCAUUGCAGGAUAUUAAAACACUGCAUUAAAUGUGAUGUGUAGCCUUCGUCUUAAUUCCGUUUUUAAGCUAAUAAUCAAAAUUUUAAUUGGACCAAAGGGCUCCAAUCUGGAAGCAACCCCUCACACACUCUGAUUCUCAAAAAAAUAAAAAAUAAAAAAAUAAAACCUUCCUACUACUAUGUAACAUUGAUUUGGUCUGUGGUGUUUCAGAAGGCACUUCCACUUUGCCAAAGCCUUCAGACGCAGGAUAGAGUAGCAAGCUGGAAGAAGAUAGUGCUCUUGUACCUUUAAUAGUUGUACAGAAGAGGAGAUUUCAGCAGAUGUUCCUUGAAUGACAAGCUAUACCUGCUGAAAUCACAGGAGUGUGAAAGUGUAGAAUUCCUAUCCUAUUUUUUUCAUUUGGCUCUGCUAUAACAGGAGGAGGAAGAAGAUGGCUGGUUAAGCAGAUAGGGAAACCACAAGGGGUGGGGGAAGCAACAACUCAAGAAUUGAAGUGACAGCCAGCCUGUUCCCUCAGUUGUGGGCCUGGAGAGGGAGCAAAACGCUCCCACUACAGGGGCCAAAAACAAUUCCCUUGACUUGAAGCAAGGUUUCUCUGUGAGUAACUAUCUGCUCAUGACUAAGGGUCUGCUCACAAGCAAGUCAAGGUAGCAGGGACUGGGUGUGACUGGCUGGGGAGAAGAACAUGGGAGUAGCCAGAUUUUUUUGCAGGCUUUUGUUAGGGCGGGACAGAACCUCAGUUGGUUAAGUAUUUUUAUUGAUUUUUAUUGAUUGGGGGGGCAGCUUCCCCCCCCUGGCUAUGCCCAUGGAGAAGAAGGGGAGACCGAGGAAGAAAUUCUGCAACUAGAGAGAGGUGGAACCCCUUUCCUGCUGGCUCGGGCCAAAGAGGCUUCAACCAUCUCCUUGCUCCCUCGCAUUGUCCUAUUAGCACUUUGGGAACAGUACAGAAAUGCAGAGGCUUCUUGGAAAUCUUCAGGGUUAUUGUGAUGUGUGAGGUCUAACCAUUUUGAUCUGUUGUAUGUUCCCCGGAUAAUGACAAGGGACUUGCCUAUUUUUUUUUGCCCUAGUUAUAUCUGGGAAAGCACAAGCAGUUGUUUUUCUUGCCUUGGGAUAGGUUCAAAAUGUUUGUGUUCCCUUGAGCUAUGUCUUCUAAAAAGUGAUGGUAAUACCAUGGUAUCUCGGGUUACAUACACUUCAGGUUACAUAGGCUUCAGGUUACAGACUCCGCUAACCCAGAAAUAGUACCUCGGGUUAAGAACUUUGCUUCAGGAUGAGAACAGAAAUCAUGCGGCGGUGGCAGCUGGAGGCCCCAUUAGCUAAAGUGGUGCUUCAGGUUAAGAACAGUUUCAGGUUAAGAAUGGACCUCCGGAACGAAUUAAGUUCUUAACCCGAGGUACCACUGUAAUUAAAUAAUACUUAUUUCUAAAAGUAUGGAGAAGGAUGAACAUGUGGUAUCCAUCUUGAGCCUUAGGAUAGAAGAAGUGAUUAUUUGUCCAAGGACAGUGGUAUCUAGAAAUACAGGAUUUUGGUGACCACAUAAAGCAUGGGAGCUAGAAGAAGAAGAAGAGGAAGAAGAAGAAGAAGAAGAAGAAAUGGAUUAAUUUUUGCAUUUUAUUCAGUGCUAGCAUUAUAUGUGACAUUUCACAAAGCAUAAGGGUCCCUGCACUGAGGAGUUUUCAAUCUGAAAUUCAGUAUAGGGGAAACAACAAGGGGAGGGAAGUGGAAGCAUGGGGUAAACAAAUAACAUGCCAUUGUUUCAGUUGUACAUGCUUUGACUUAGUUACAGAACUAAGGAAUUGUGCCAAAUGCUUCAUGGAAAAGAUAGAUUUUGAGAAUGAAUUUAGGGGACAUAAAAGGCCUCAUACAGGUGUUCUGGGAUGCAGGUCCAAGCAUAUGGGACAGGAAGGGAGAGUUUUGUUGUUGCAAGAAUUUGUAGCAAGCACUUUGACUACUUUAAAAGCACUAUGUGAAAGACUAACUUCUAUUAUUAAACAUUUUAAAGCAUUGGCAACUUGAUUGAUGUUUUGCAUAUCCCAUUGGUAUUUAUGUAGUUGGCUUGGAGGGAAAGAGUGUUGAGAUUAUUGGGAGUAGGAUGGAUGAAGGGCAAGGGUUCAUAAUGUUUUCUUUUUAUUAUUACAAAAGUAUUUUUCUUCUAAUAAAGUAAAAAACAAAAUUAUAAAUAUUUUAUCAAAAUAUUUAAAAUGAAUAUUAAAAUAUGCAUGUGCAGAGGGAAGAAGUAAAGACAAAAUGCUUGAAACUUGUUUUAUUUGCAGCCUCAGAUGGAAGCAUGUAAUCUUUGUGGUCUCUUGACUCUACUGAUGAUAGUAUAUAAAGUGAGCAGAUGGUAUCAGUGGAAAUCCCCACCACCCUUCACCUGCAGGAUUGUAUUAUAUUUGUAACUUGCUUUCUCAGGUGAUAUUUCUUAACUAGGGUGGAAACGAUCACAGAACCAUGCUCUGUUCUGUGUCUCAUGUUGUAGACUGAAUCUGGGUGAAGACAGAUAACAUUUUAACAAUGAUCACAGCAACCUCUUCACUAGUGGGGUGUAACUUACCUUAAGUGCACAUAUACCAUUAAGUUGAAUGCUGGAUUAUUCUCCCUUCCCCUCAUGCUUCAGACAGCUAUCUACUUUUCAUGUUUUUAUGUUCAUCUUUCACAUGGAGGUUUUUAAGCAGUGGUUGGAGGGGCAUCAGCCAUGGAUGCUUUAGCUAAGAUUCCUGCAUUGCAGAGGAUUGGACUAGAUGACCCUUGGGGUCCCUUCUAACUCUACAAUUCUAUGAUUCUAUUCCUCUCCCCACCUCCCAAAUAAUCUAACAACGUUUCAGAUUUGCUCUGUAGACGGAGAGGAGAGGUUUAUUGGUGAGGUCAUGGACACUUGUUAAUAAUUUUCCCCCAUUGCAAACUAAAGUAUAAUGAAAACUUGCAGAACCAUUUUAAAGUUUGUCUCAGGAUGGAAAAAUAUACUUGUGUUUUGAGGCUUCUGUUUUUGAACGCGCCUCAGAAGUCGAACGGCUUCCGCUGUGUGUUUUUCAAUUUUCUCAAUUGAAUUUGCAGACAGCCUUUUGCACCUUGGUUUUUGAAUGUUUUGGAACUCGAAUGGUCUUCCAGAACAGAUUAUGUUCGAGAACCGAGGUACCGCUGUACCAGUUAUCUUUGAAGGGGACAAACCAAUGAUAAAUGCUCCUGUGCAUGCCUCAUUGAAAUGAGCAGGGACUGCUUUUGAUCAGCUCCCAUUCAUUUCAAGGGGGCUUGGAUUGAAAAAGCUUCUGUUGGAUUAUGUCUUAAAAUUUCAAGCAAAGGGCAGGGACAAAACAAUAGCAGCGCAGAAGGGCAGGCAGAGAGAGAGAAGUGCACGCACAUCCAUGAAUUCUGCCAAGCUCUGUAAGCAUCUGAAUCUCUUCCACAUCCUCCCAUUUUGUUGAUAAGAUAAGGAUCAGUUUAUCAGUUCCCACUUGCUUUGUUGGGUGUUCUGGGCCUUUUCUUGGAAUUACUGUAUGUUCAAUUAAGUUACAUAGCACCCAAACCCAGAGCUUGGGAAUUUGUCGUUAUGAUUGUAUGGGCUUUGCACUAACAAGUAAAGAGCAAAACUCUGCAGCAGGGUAACCCCAGUUCUACAGCAAACAAAGCUGAAUACUGAGACACGUAUAAAUUCUACAGAAUUCCCAUAUAUUUGCUUAUUUGGCAAAAAGUAUUCUGCUUCCGCUACAUGGAAGGAAGAAGAAUUUGGCAGGAUACUGUCCUUUUCCCUGACAAGUACCGUAUUUUUCGCCCUAUAGGACACACUUCUUCCCCUCCAAAAAUGAAGGGGAAAUGUGUGUGUGUCCUAUGGGGCGAAUGCAGGCUUUCGCUGAAGCCUGGAGAGCGAGAGGGGUCGGUGUGCUUCCUAGGCUUGCGGAUAGCAGCCUGCAUCCCGAAGCCUGGGGCGAGCUGAGCAGCGCGCCCCGGGCUUCGGGCAGAUAUCCGCAAGCCUGGGGAGCCUGGCGGGAGUUCCCGCCGGGCUCCCAAGGCUUGCGGAUAGCAGCCUGUUCUGGGGGCUGGGAUCGGGGGAAGCUCGGGCUUCCCCCACCCCAGCCCUGCGCCUGGGGGGGAAAUAAUUUUUUUUUCUUUAUUCCCCCCCCAAAAAAAAACUAGGUGCGCCCUAUGGGCCGGUGCACCCUAUAGGGCGAAAAAUACGGUAAAUAUUAUUUCUCCCUAUGCCUUUUGAGCUUUCAUCAGACAUUGGCAGCACAGCUUCAGGUUUCUAUUUGCAGCCGUAAGGGUUAGAAACUUGAUUUUAAAAAAUAAAGCAGAGGUUUGGAAGAUGCUGAAUUCUGAGCUUUUCCUGCCUUUCUGUGCUAUACCCAUAGUUCAGACAUGGCUAUAGGACAUAUGGAAGUUGUGUUUGAUGAUGCACUCUAGAUAGCUGCACCUGUUGAGGAAGGCAGAAGUAGUUCAGUAACCCCUUAAAUCUUGCUUUCCCUUGGGGAUGCGUGAAACUACUGCUAACUAAGUUGGUCUUAAUGCUUCAGAAAGAUUUAAAUGACAAGAGACUGGUAGUUUCUCCAGUAACACAUUCAAGGUUUCAAAGACCCACAUUAACCUGAGUGUGGCAGUUAGUUUCUAAGAGAUUGUUACUGAGGUUCAAGCAUGCCUGGAAGUCAUAUUUUUUCUGAUCACUAAACCCUGUCUACCCAUCCCCCUUCCUAGACAUUUAGAGUUGUGACUGAAAUAUAUGCUGCACAUGCGGUGUUAGAAACUCAGCUAUAUAAGCUAAUCACCAAAUGACACCUGAAACCAGUGGUUUUCAACCAGGGUGCCAUGGCACCCUGGGGUGCCUUAAUGAUGGUCAGGGGUGCUGUGGGCAACAUUGACCUCUGUCCCUCUUCCCCUCCCUCCUCUGAUAUCCUCUCAUGUCUCUGCCUCCCAGAGGCUUGCACAGCUGUUUAUUGCAGCAGCCCUGGCUUUGUUGCCUCUGGAAGGCACCUCUGUUUGGGGUGUGGGGAGGGUUGGCUCAGAGACCAGGGAUGGAAGCAGCAGCUGCCCAGAGGACUCUCAAGGAGAGGAGGCUGAGGGAACACUCCAAAGGGGAAGCUGUUCAAAAAAGGGUGAGAGCCUGCUAGCUCUGCAGGCAAGGGGUGACAUAACUGGGUUCCUGAGCCCCUCAGGAGUGUCACAGGAAGAAUGUAGUUGCUUAAGGGAGCCGUGGACUCAAAAAGGUUGAAAACCUCUGCCUUAAACCUAGGUUACAGUUGCCACAAUGGAAUGUCUAGGUGCCAUUUUUGUUGUAAUGCUGUUUAUUGUUGUUGUUGUUGUUGUUAUUGUUGUCAUUGUUGUCAUAGGGAUUAAUUUAAGAGUGCGGUGAACCAUGUACUCCUUGGAGAAAAAAAGGUGAUGCAGUAUAUAAAUGCAAUAACUAAGGUCUUCUGCUUACCUGCUUAAGAAAGCUGGAGAGGCCAGUCCGAUGGAGAUGUUAGUCACCAACCUUUCAUUCAGAGAUCUCCACAUAGUCACAAUUUGACCAGUGCCAGUAGCAAGACGCACCUGGUGCCUGGGGAAUUUCAGACACUGUGCACAUGUUCAGAUGCACUCCAGCUACCUUUAUUACUUCUUUACCUGCUCUGAACCUGAGUUCUAGUGUUGAAAGCACAUUCUGGGAUAGAAUUGUAGUGGGAUCUAGCUCAAAUUAAGAACCCUCUUAAAUGUUUUCUGGGCAUGGAUUAGGAUCCUCAGGUUUUAUUGCAGGAUGUCUGGGAUGGCAAAGGAGCCUUGACUCAGAAGACUGUGUCUGGAGUGGAUAAGGGAAAUUGACAAAAUCUUCUUUAAAUAUCAUUUCAAAAUAUAUUCGCAAUGUGUUAUCUGUCUGUGGUUCAGUUGAGAUGCAAGGUGUUUCCAUGAGUACCCCUAAAAAAAUUAAAUCAUUUUAGUCAUUCUCAUUAUGGGGUGCAACCUCAAUUAAUUGUUAGAUGGUGAAAACAGAAAGAAUCACAUCAUCCCCCCUUUUCCUCAGAAGAGCUAAUGAAAUUGGCAUUUGACAGGUAGGAGAGUUCAUGGAUUGCAGAGGCUGUCCAAGAUAGGGAGACUUUGUCCAAAAAUGCAUGCACAGUUUUAGACAGUUGCGUACAAUGUGGUAAAUGAGGCUGAAGUGGCACAAUCUGUUCUAUGCACAGAGCAGGCUGCAGCUACCACAUACCAAGUGAGAAAGAGAAGCCCAGCUAUCUUGUCGGUUCUACAGAAUGCAGUGAAAACAUUGCUUGCUUCUCUUCCUUGAGUAACAAGAAGAAUUUGUUUACCUGCCCAAGGUUGGGUCAAACUAGGCUACCAUGCUAAGAGAAUGAGGUUGUCACCUUCCUCUUUCCACCUACAGUGCCUCUGUCUUUAGGCAAAAGGCUGUCCACUUGCCCUGUUUUUUUCUACAGCUACAUCCAAGUAAGGGUGGAGGGGUAGUAUUGGAAGGGGCAGGCAACCUGUAGAACUUUCGUUCUCCUUUGCAUUUUUCCAUCAUGGGCCAUUAUGGAUACACUUUGAUGGAGUUCUUAGUCUGGGCAUAUAAAAUCUAAUUUAUUUCUACUCUGUAAAUUAAUUGAAGGUAAAGGUAAAGAUAAAGGACCCCUGGCAGUUAAGUCCAGUCGCGAACGACUCUGGGGUUGCGGCGCUCAUCUUGCUUUACUGGCCGAGGGAGCUGACGUUUGUCCACAGACAGUUUUUCCAGGUCAUGUGGCCAGCAUGUCUAAGCCACUUCUGGUGAAACCAGAGCAGUGCAUGGAAACGCUGUUUACCUUCCAGCUGGAGCGGUACCUAUUUACCUACUUGUGCUUUGAUGUCCUUUCAAACUGCUAGGUUGGCAGGAGCUGGGACCGAGCAACAGGAGUUCACCCCAUCGCGGGGAUUUGAACCACCAACCUUCUGAUCGGCAAGCCCUAGGCUUAGUGGUUUAGACCACAGCGCCACCCGCUUCCCAUAAAUUAAUUAGAAACCUGCAAAUUCAAAAACUUGCAAUGUUUUUUAAUAUAGAAGGCUGGAUUCAACUAACUGGUUGUAUUAGUGUUAUGGAAACCUCACUUGGUCUAACAUGCAUAAGCCAGGUUACAGGCUGGGGUUCCAUAUAGAUCUCAUAUAACAGUUACACUGGUUGCCAUUUCGUUUCUGGGCCCAAUUCAAGGUGGGCAUGUGACUGUUUUAAAGUCCUAAACAACUCAGACACCAAAUAGCUGAAAGACUGCCUCCUUCCCUACAGACCCUCUCAGGUGUAAAGAUCAGCAGAGGGGCUCCUCUUGGUAGUUCCUGUGCCCUCAGAAGUUUGGGGGUGGUGCUGAUUCGGGAGACGACAUUCUCUGUGGCAGCCCCUGGAUUCUGGUCCUCCCUCCCCACAGAAAUGUGUUUGGCAUCUUAAUUACACAAGGGAUGAAUGCCUAAUAUGCUCUUCUUUACCUUGACUUUUGGCAUUUGAGUAGCAUAUUUUUAGGGCCCACCCUUCUGUGAUUAUAAGUUGUUUUAUACUGUUUUUAACAUUGUGUUUUAAUUUUGCAACCUGCCUUGGAACCUAGCAUCUCACUUUCUGUGUAACCAACAUAGUAUAAACUCCAUGGAAUAAACUUAAAUCUUAAGAAGAGCUACUUGUGAGUGUCACCUUCAUGUACGAGGAAUGUAAUGUGUAAGUCAUAAAUCCAUGGAUCUGCUUUGACAAUUUCCAUGAACUCCAAAGCUGAUGUACCUUCAAGAUGGCCUAAGUUGCUGCAGCAAAUAUCUAAAAGUUGCAGGUAUACAUAUUACAUUGUUUAUGUUGAAGAUACUUCUUUCUUGAAUGGAAAAAAAGCAGCCUGAAAUAAUAUCUGUACAGGCCAACACCCAGAAUUAUCUCAGGCUUUAUAACAGCCCCUAGAGGAAAGUAUGGUCUCUAGCUUAAAGCAAGCAGUGUUUGGGCAUCUGAAUUCCUGAGUUCUGUUCCAAAACAAGAGAGAGUUCUACACAAGUUGUGACCUACCAAGUUUAUCAGCCAUUGGUGGUAACUUGCCCGGUGCUGGGGCUGCCCUGCCCCCCGGCUGUUCCAAGUGAUCUGCAAAACCAGGAAUUCCAAUGAACCCCUGGAAAUCUGCCAUACUUGGUUGGUGGGUUGUAUUUGAUCUGUUUGUUGAAAUGUAUUUUGCAAAAUCUGUGAAUCUUGUCCCCCAAUUUGAAGAAGACUGAGAAGAGAAGGGGAUGUAAACAUUUAAUCUGUGUCAAACUUAAUUUUUCCAUUGGGUGAUAAGACGCAAGUUACUAACUUAUCACUGCCACUCACACAUGUCUGCUCUCACUGUCUAGAAAUCCUCACAGACAGGCAGGUGACACAUUUGUUCUUUACCUUGUCUGUGUUCCUGACCUCAACCUUUCUCCUCUGUCAUCUUCAGAAAGGUUUUGAUUCCCCAAGUGGUGAUUUGCCACAGUUACUUGUCUACACCGGUGUGAGUGAAGCUCUUUGUUCGUUCGUAUGAAACUCCUCCUACCCUAAGACCCUGUACAAAGUCUUUUCUCUAGAUUCCUCUAUCCAAGGAUGGACUGUUAUCUGCAAGAAGAAGAGCCUUAGUUGUCCAUCCACAUAGUCUUCACUUCCUAGAGAAGGUUGCUUGACUCAGUCUUUUCUGCACUUAGGGGGAUAGUCCUCUUCAGAAGAAAUUUGGGCUGCCAGGAAAAACUGCUUUAUGCCUGUUGCUAAAGUGAUCUUGUAUUACUGAGUUUCAAUUUUUUUUCUAUCAAUUGUUUUAAUUAUUACGGUAGCGGAUCCAUCUAACCACCCCCAAUUUAAAGAGAGUGCACCCACCUCACUGUACGCCAGUUAUACGAAGUUUUUCAAUUUACCACAACUAUCAUAUGAGGGACUUGUGUGAGGGGAAACUUAAUGAUUUAGAGUCUCAGGCAGGAGUUGAUCAAACAAACAGGAAAAGUUUAUUAAACAAAGAGAAGUUUGUGAAACAAAAUGGGUCAGGAAAUGCGUUCUUUCAAGUAGAAGUUAACUUAUUACUAAAAUGAGGUAAAAAGAUAUCACAGGCUUAAACAUAAUACUAUAGGCACAGCUCUUCUUAAACUUCAGUUGCUAAAAAUCAGGUAGAUGUUCUAAAAUAUGUGGUAAGAUGCUUAAAUCAGUUUCUGUUGCUUAGCUAUGACAGGUGGCUCCAUGCAAUAUUUUUAUUAUGACACAGUUUCCUUCACAGAUUAAUACCCUGCUUCAUGAGCAAGAGGCACUUUUCCUCAGGUACCCACUCACUUAACAAUCCCACUCCUGAGGUAUUCCAAAAUGGUAGAAGAGAGCCAGGGGAUUCCCGCCCCCCUUGUUACUGGCUUGGGAGUCUUCUGUGCCUCGGAGAACUCUCCCCCCGGCUAGACUGAGACCAGCUUCUUCCUCUCCUGGCUCACUCAGCCCUGCCAGGCACUCCUGGCUGUAUGUCUUUCCCAGACCCUCAAGAUGGUCUCCCUAUCCAAGCUGCGAGGCUCUGUCCUCAGGGGGAAUGUUAACCCAAAUCUGAGCCAGUUCUCCCUCAGUCCAAACCUGUCCUCCUCCCAGCUUGCUGCCUAACUCUCAUCUCAAAUCCAGCCCUAUCCGUCUCCCUCAGAAACGGCCCCUUUUAUUCUCCCUCCCAAAAUGCUUUCCUCCCCGCCUUUGUAGCCAAUCAGAGAGAGGCUCCAGCCCUCUGGUGGAAUUUCAAGGGGACUGCAUCACCAGACUCUGGUCUGGCUCUGCUGUCCGUCACAAUUGCUAUUUUUGAUUUUUUUGAUUUUAUAUUAUUUUUGAAGCAUUGAAGGGUUGAAGAAUGAGGUAGAAAUGUAGUAAAUUAUAAAAUCAUAACAAGAACUUCAGCUGUUUUAAUCAUCUGAUGUGAUUAAUUGACCAAAGACUUUUCCAUCGGUUAAAACUUUCUCAGGCCACUGCUCCUUUGGUUCCAUAAACUCAUCUCCAGUGACCCCUACCCUAUAAAAAAAAUUAUUCAGAAUAGGAAGAUAAUGACAGUUAAUUGCACACUUAUUCAAAAUCCAAUUAAAACAACUUAGUUUAGUUAAUUCAACAAAAUUGGUGAACUUGAUGAACUCCGUUGAUACCAACUUUUCAAAGUCUGAUAGUCAUUUACACCUCUUUCCCCCCUUGCUGACGCCUUGCCUCUUGGUGCCCCCCCAGGUAAUCCAACUGCCCUACAGGUCGUGGUACUGCCCACUAUGUGUUAAAACAUGCCCCUGAUUAACUGCAGCUGACUUCUGAAAUAAUGUUAAUUGUUUUUAAUGCAAAUAAUUUUAAAAAACCUCGGGUGGCAGAAACCAUCUUAGAAGAGACAUCUGCAGCAUCACUUCUCUCACACACAUGGGAUGGUGCUUGCUAUGAUAUUUUCCCAUUUUUUUAGAACUGUUUUAUUGAUGUGCAGAUUUCAUUGAUUAAAACUCACAAGAUGAAUUGUUUAUUGUCCUGGUGACAUCUCACAAGGGCAGGGCUUCCCUAGACUAGACCUAGCUCAACGCUAGACAAACAAACAAACAAAAUGUGCCCCAGCUUAUCUCAUUUCACAGUACUCUCCCACCCAUCCCACCAUGUGAUGAUUCUGACUCCCGAUGCAUUUCUGCUUGUGUACAUUUAUUAACAUUACUAACAACCCAAAAGUGCAGUAGCAGGGUAUUACACCAUACUAUAUACAAAGCAAACCAACAAUAAAUAAUAAGAGAAAGAAAUGGUGACAACACAGUCUAAACAAGGCAUCCAUAUUUCCCAAGCUGCUGUGGAUGGUGAAUGCUGAGCAUCUAAGUCCGAAGCAUAAAAUAAAAUCCCACCAGAUGACAUAAAAGCAUUAUGGGUCCUCCAUCUCCCUGGAAACAUUCAGUUUAUGUGUGUUUUUUUCUGCAAUAGCCAAAGUCCAUGAGUUCUUAAGGCAUUUAUCAAACUCCAUUAUUAACAAUUAAAAAUGGACUGGCAAGUGGGUAGAACUUGUACCACACAAUUGCCUUCAAAGUAUGGCAUGUUUCUUUUCUUUGCCUCAAGCUCUUCUAUUUGGAUCCCUUCUGAAACUAGUAGGCAGCUCCUGACCUUACUGCAGGAAAACAAAGCAUUUUUAUACCACUUUGAACUUGCAGUGAAAGCUGUAUAAAAACAGGGCAAGUAAAUACAGUCGUACCUUGAAAGUUGAAUGGAAUCCAUUCCAGAGGUCCAUUUGACUUCUAAAAUGUUCGGAAACUAAAGCUCAGCUUCUGAUUGGCUGCAGGAAGCUCCUGCAGCCAAUCAGAAGCUGCGGAAGCCCUGCCGGACAUUCAGCUUCCAAAAAUAGUUCACAAACCGGAACAGUUACUUCCGGGUUUGCAGUGUUUGGGAGCCAAAAUGUUUGAGAACUAAGCUGUUCGAAAACCAAGGUACAACUGUAAAAUAAGCACAGGAGAGAGAGAAAGAGACUGUUCUUCAAAGGAUCUCAAAGGAAGGCAUAUUGGAAUGUGCACGGAAUCCUGUGAUGCAAACCCCGCCCAGCAAACCCCAGAAAAACAGUUUUUUUGUUCAGAAUUUGUGGAUGCAGCAGGUAUUAUAGGUAUCUGCUGGUUCUGGCACACCAAAACUCAACCAGACCUAUUUUCCUGAAAGCAGGCCAGUCGGUCCAGCGAAUAUGAAUUAAAUUUCACUCCCCCCCCCGAUGAAGUAGGAUUUCCAUGGACGUACUGUGUAUUGGGUGUUAGGAGAGGGGUAGUACUUCUGGCGGGGGACAUGUGGUGCUCCUGGGGAAGUUUGCCCACUUUUGUCCUCACCCUGCACUCACCUGUGGCUCGUUGAAGCUGCCAGCACACAUCAGCGGCUACACCCCAAGAAUGGCUUCGACUGGCCGGCUAUACCAGGUGAGGGUAACCAAUGGGUCUCAAAUUCUCAUGAGUUAAGGACUUCUCCUGCAUGUGAGGACAAGCUCUGGCAGAUUGAGUGAACAAGAGCAAUAGUGGGUCCAGUGGUCAAGAAGGCGGUUUCUGCACGUGCUAUAGAGGGAAGUGAGGGGCAGAUGGGGCUCAUCAACCUGAGAAGGUAGUCCAUCUAGGAGAAGGAAAACUCUGAUCCUAAACCUCUGCUGCCUUGCAGGACAUGUUUGGAAGAAGAAACUGCUAAGGAACAAAGCCUCCACAAAUCUGGAGUGGAGUCCCUAAGAUGCUUGGAUGAUGCCUUGUACGCCUCCUCCCGGCAACUCCUGCAGCUAAGCUGGUGCCAAAUGUAUUGCUCUGCUUUCUUUUGAACCACACCAGCACGGUCUUGUUGUCUGGGCAGCCCUGGGCCUCUAUACACACUGCCCAGGCUUGUGCCUCAGGGACGUCACUUUGUUGCUGCUGACGCAGUGGUUUGACUUCACCCCCGGAGGCACACUCCAUUGUCUCUCAAGACAGACGACUAUCAACAACAACUGUACCUUUUUGGUACAUUCCACAGAUAGGGGUGGGGGUGGGUUUUAAGGACAUUGCUGCAGGUUAUUGCUCACUGAACUUCUCUUGCAAUUAGUGAGAUCAUGCUCAAGAGAUUAUUUUAAUAAUCUGAUUAAAAACAACUACACCACAAUCACUGUUGGUUCAACAGACAAGAUGGUACCAGAAGACUGGAAACCUGAAUAGUUACUGCUUCAGCAGGCAGAGCCCACUGUAAGGUGGAGUGGAGGUGUCUGCAAGGUGAGGAUGAAGAACAGUUUUUACAAAAAUGGGUUUGGAAAACUUUACAGGGAUAUUAAAUAUUCUAGGGAUUUGGUGGCAGAAAGCCAGUGUGGUGUAGCCAUUAGAGUGUUGGACUAAGUUUUGGAAGUCCAGGGUUCAAAUCCCCACUUUGCCAUGAAGUUCACUAAUUGACCUUCGGCCAGUCACUGCCUCUCAAUCUGGCCUGCCUCACAGGGUUGUUGUAAGGAGAAAAUGGGGAAGAGGAGAACUAUGUAUUGCCACCUUGAGCUCCUUGGAGGAUAGGGGGGAUAUAAAUCAUAUCCCUCCUCCUCCUCCUCCUCUUUCGCCUAAGGCUGCUGCUGUACUGAGUUGGGUCUUCUACCUUUGUGCCCCUAGGAAAGGAUGUUGCCACUGCAGUUGUUCCCUGAGAUGCUCCAAUUUUCUGCUUUUGUCUGUGGAGACAUUCUAGGAACUGGGGCCCUGGUCUGCUGCUUCCCCAGACAGAUGAAACCAUAGACUGCUUACACAUUUCCACUCUUAUGAUCUAAUGAGCAGAAACUGCCACAGCUGUUUAACUGAGCCCUUAAAUCCUUCCCCUCCCACACCUUGCAGGUAGAGAAAAACUGAAGGUCUUAACUGGUUUCUAAAGACACAACUUUUCAUCCGAUUGUUUGCUCAGAUCACUCCCCCCAUGUUGUACCACAAGCCCCUGCAUGAAACUAGAGAGUACCAUAUGGGAGAAGACAUUAAAAUCUGCCAGUUGGAAUUAAGGCUCUGCUUUCACUUUUCUAAGAACUUGGUUUGGUUUCUGCAGCUGGGUUUUCAGAGUUUCAUUUGCAGUUGAUAUGACAGUUAAAACAGUUUAUAAAAAUGCAGCGAAAGAAAGAGCAGAGAGUGAGGGGAGAACUUGUCUCCCCACUUUAAAUAUAUUGCCAUUGUGGACAUUUUAUGCCAUGCUGUUUUGAGUGCUGCGUAGAUCAUAUCCACAGGGCUGAGGGUAGGUUCCCUUUUCUAUUGGCCUUUGAACAAGGCCUCAUCCAGACAGGUGAUUUGCAUGCUUUUGGUUUGAUGCUAUUAUGUUUUUCUAGAGUUUGGAGUGUCCCAAGGAUAGAAAGGAAGGGCCCAGUUCGAUGUAGAUGAUGAGUGUGUAUGUGUCUCCAUGUACUGGUUUUACAUUUAGAGCUGCUGCAUGAUUAAUUAGGUCAUCACGUGUUCCUAGUGUCCUCUUUGCUCAGGAUUGGGAUUGGCAAUUGGAAAUGGAAAUGGGGAAUACCUCAGCACCGCCUCCCCCUGCAUAUCCAAAAGGAAUUCACCAACAUCACAAAGAUAAAACUCUGCCACACCAAAUUCAGGUACCUGGGGGUACAAAUAACCAGAAACCUCAACAAACUAAAUCUCCACAAUUACAAGAUCCUGUGGUGACAAAUCAACAAAAACUUGAGGAAAUGAAACAACACCAACUUCACUUUCAGAAAAAAAUAGCCAUGAUCAAAAUGAUCUCCCUCCCAAAAUUAACCUACUUAUUCCAAACCCUCCCAAUCUGCGUUCCCCCAACCCAACUCUGGAAGUGCAGAAGAAACUACACUAGUUUAUUUUCUCACACAAAAAGCCAAGAAUAAACCCCAAAUACCUGCACCUUCCCUCCUCAGAAGGAGGAUGGGGAAUCCGCAGCAUAUUACAUUGCCAACCAAGUAUGCCACAUAAUCCAAUAUAUUCUAGAAGACAAGACGAAACAAAACAAUGGGUCCACUUGGAGAGCGACAUCGUCAAAAACACCCCCACAACAGCAUACCCAUUUCUCCAAAACAAACUAAAGAAAAUCCAAAAAACAUUAAACAGAUUCACACAGCAAACUCUCCCCAGCCCCACUAACCCCCCCUGGCUCAUCACCCACUAUUCCAACACGCAGCACAAAACCUCCAGAUAAAAACCUGGCAAACCAAAGGCCUACACUGUCUAAAAGACUUCUACAAAAGCAACAAACCCAUACCAACACAAGAAAUACAAGACAAGGUAGGGGACACCCAAAUACCCUGGCUAACACACCACCAACUACACACCUUCUUAAACAAUCCAGCAGUAAAAGCAGCGGCCACUAGGCCCUUGACCACCUUCAAAAACCUCCUGACAGCAGAGGGACACGGCAAAGGAAUGGCGUCUACAAUAUCCAAAAUACUGCUCCAAAAUCCCACAAACUUCCUUGACACAAUCAAAAAACAAUGGGAGCAUGACAUAGGCUAUGAAAUCAACCCCACCCAAUGAACUGGAAUGUGGUCUAAACCUCCCUUUAAAUCCAUCUCAGCCAAAAGAAGGGAACUCUGAAACUCACCUACAGAUGGUACCUAACACCACAGAAACUGGCGCUAAUAUGCCCCGGAACCGCACCAAAAUGUUGAAGAGGCUGCACCUCCACAGGCCCAUAUCUCCACAUGUGGUGGAAAUGCCCCCAAAUCUAACCCUUCUAGGCAUCAGACCUACAAGAGAUAUGCAAAAUAACUAAACAGAAUUCACCCCAGAACUGGCCCUACUGAAUAUUUUCCAAGAUCAUAAUGACCACUCACAUUAUACAGAGUUUAUAACCCACCUACUCUCAGCAGCCUGAAGCCUCAGUAGCCAGACACUGGAGAGUCCUGUCUGGCGUAAACAUGGACCACUGGUACCAAAUGGGAAACAGCCUUACUAGAAAAGCUAACCAACAGACUGAAACUGACACGGGGACAAAUAGAAGAGGACUCUUUCACCCCAGUAUGGCUUCCCUUUAUCUCAUACACAGCCCAACAAGACGACAACAAGAAUCCACCGAAAGCAUAGAAAUCAAUUUCGCUAAUUUGACCCAACAAACCCUCCCCCCCCCACUUCACAAAUGCGAACAAAUCUCAACAAACCAUCCACACCAUGGACUCCCCCAAUCCCUCCCAUCCCUGAUGCUAUGAUGGUAUGAUGGUUAUGAUACUUCCUCUGGAAGAAGAUUGUGGGGGAAAUAAAAUGGAAGAUCCUAGAGGAGGAGAUUGGGAUACUAUCCUAGACAUUACAGGAAAUGGAAUACAGCAGGAGAUGGAACUGAAUAUAUAGAACUGGACAUGAACUAGUGAAUAUAUAAUGGGGGUAGACAAAUACUGGCCCACCGUGUGAUCACAGAGGAGAGACUCUAAAAUAGACAUGGACAAAAGAAUGUAGUAUUACUUAAUAUGAAGUAAUGGUGCUAGGAAUUAAUGGAGGUAAAGUUAAAAGAAAAAAUAUGGUUAAAAUUUUACUUAAUAUGAAGUAAUGGUGGUAGGAAUUAAUGGAGGUAAAGUUAAAAGAAAAAAUAUGGUUAAAAUUUAUAAAUAGGAAACCUAUCUUGGACUUUUCAUAGGAAAAAUAAAUCAAUCUUUCUGAGAAUCCUUAGCCUAAAAGAUAAUUGUUAAAUAGAAAAUGGAGAAGAUGGAUGUUUAUAUGGACCGAAGGUUUUUAAGUAAUCAGUUUUAUUUUUUUAAUAACCGGCAGAUGGAAAAUCAGAAGUUCUUCUUUUGUGUCUUUCCCCCCUCUUCUUUUAAAUUUUAUUCUUCUUUCUCUCUCCUUUUCCUUUCUUUAUUUUUAUUCUCCUUUCCUUCCUUUCUUCUCUUUAUACUUAUUUGAUUUGUAUCUUCUGUAGUAAUUUUACUGUAUUAUGGGAAAAUCUUAAUAAAAUACCUUAAACAGGAAAAAAGGAAAUGGUUUAUCCAUUUGUCUGUUUGUUCUCUAUGCAUUCAGACACCUCUUGAGAGAUCAUUGCUAGACUUGGCAUGAGAGUUCCAGAGAUUGGGGUGGGGGGGCAGUCUUUGUCAGUGUUGGGACACUGGGUACCAAGAUGGCAGACAGAAAUGUCAUUUUGGAAUGACUUCACCCAUUUGGGGGAUAUAAGUUCAUCUGUCUCCCACAAUAUCAUGCCAAACUCAGCAUAAAGGUUCCUGAUGUGAGGUCAGUGAGUUUUAUUGUUAUUUGGAUGGUGUACCAUUUUGAUUAAGAUGGCAGACUAACACAUGACUUUACCUGAAUUUUGGCGUGACUCAUAAAUUACAGUGGUGCCUCGCAAGACGAAAUUAAUUCGUUCUGCGAGUUUUUUCGUCUUGCGAAUUUUUCGUCUUGCGAAUUUUUCGUCUUGCGAAGCACGGUUUCCCAAAGUCUUCAAAAUCACCAAAGUCUUCAAAAACCUCAAAAAAGGCUACCACACCGCAUGCUAUGAGUUGCUCCUCGAAGUCACCCUGGGUAUUAACGGUUUUAAGAAAAAGGAAACAAACUUGCAAGACGUUUUCGUUUUUUUCGUUUUUCGUCUUGCGAAGCAAGCCCAUAGGGAAAUUCGUCUUGCGAAGCAACUCAAAAACGGAAAACUCUUUCGUCUUGCGAGUUUUUUGUCUUGCGAGGCAUUCGUCUUGCGAGGUACCACUGUACACAAUCCAUUUAAAAAUCACAAUAUAUUUUGGGUUUCUAAAAAUUCCCAGGUAGUUCCAGAAGUUACCCACCAGUAUAUUAAUAAAGUAUGUUCACAAGAAAACUUUUACAGUUACAGUGAACUCAGGUUGCAGCACCAACGUUGCUCUAGUAAAAGCAGUUAUUUGUGUCAUGUUGGUUCCCACUGGUUCUUGGGGCCAACUUAGCAAUGGAUGUAACUUAGAACUGCACUCACUUGUCUGUCUUCUUUCUCGUUACAGGUCAAGUGAAAACGAGCUGCGAAUAGAGGACAUAGCUCAGUCAGUCUGCACUGAAGGUAGGUCUUCCCUGGAUGUUUCUGGUCUGGCAAUCUAAAGCUGGUCAGAAAAUGGUGCUGGGAAUGGGGUGUGCAACUCUAUAGGGUAAAAGGUAAAGGUAAAAAGUAAAGGACCUCUGGACGGUUAAGUCCAGUCAAAGGUGACCAUGGGGUGCGGCGCUCAUCUCGCUUCAGGCCGAGGGAGCCGGCGUUUGUCGACAGGCAACUUUCCAGGUCAUGUGGCCAGUAUGACUAAACUGCUUCUGGUGCAACGGGACACUGUGACAGAAACCAGAGUGCACAGAAACGCUGUUUACCUUCCUGCUGCAGCUGUACCUCUUUAUCUACUUCCCCUGGUGUGCUUUCGAACUGCUAGGUUGGCAGGAGCUGGGACAGAGCAACAGGAGCUGUCUUGCGGAUUCAAACUGCUGAUCAGCAAGCCCAAGAGGCUCAGUGGUUUAGACCAUAGGAUAUAUAAAAUUGCCUUGUUCUGAGUCACAGUAUUGGUUCAUCUAACCCAGUGCUGUCUACUCUGAUUGGAAGCAGGUCCUUUCUUUUUCUUCUAUCUAUUAUCUUUUUAACUAGAGAUGCCAGACCUGGGAUCUUCUGCAGUGAAGGCAUGUGUUCUUACUCUGAGCUAAGGCCCCUGCCCAUAAGAGAAGGAGAUGGAUGUGAUCAGGUGAAGCACCAUUAUCUUGCUGCUUCUCCAGUUAAUAUUGUAUUCUCUUGAAGCCACAGGUGGCAUGCAGGCCAUGAACAGAAGAAGCCCAGGUCAGACCCAGGUAUCCCUCUCAUUCAUCAUCCUGUCUGUAGACAUUGGCCAGCCAGAUACCACAGGGGCAUUCCCAAGCAGGGCUUGAUGGAGGUUACUCUUUUGGCCAUCAUUACCUGUAGCCACCAGUGAGCCUGUCCUGCUUGUAAUUAUUUUUAAUGCUGCGGAUAAUCAGUAUAAUUCAACUAAGUUUAACUCUGAGUAGACCUAACUUACUCAUGCUCAUUAAUUUCAAUGGUUCUACUCUGAGUUUAAUACCACCCAAUAUUGCUCUGGUUUCUCUUCAGUUUGUAUAAAUAUUCUGAAGUGGUCAGUCCUGCAGGUUAAUUACUUAAUUUCCUGUCAUAUGAAAAUAUUUCCUUUCCUUGCAAACACGUUCAGUUCUCCUCAGUUACCUCAGUGUUAGUGUGUGGUUCCCCGCCCUCCUUUACUCACUCCAACCUGACUUCUCUGUGGUGGGGUUAUGCAUUUAUCAAUCCACUUUCUGGAUAUUUAAAGCACUUUGCACUGUCCGAGUUGCUGAUAUUGGAUAUUAAAUUAAAUUAAAUUAAAUUAAAUUAAAUUAAAUUAAAAUAAAAUAAAAUAAAAUAAAAUAAAAUAAAAUAAAAUAAAAUAAAAUAAAACAAAACAAUACAAUACAAUACAAUACAAUACAAUACAAUACAAUACAAUACACAAUACAAUACAAUACAAUACAAUACACAUAUGCUGUCUUGGAACAAAAAUCCCACAAGGUAUGCCAGUAUUAUGGUUCCAUAGAGCUGAACUGUAUUUUAUACUUGACAUGGGGCUGCUGCCAAAAAUGGCAACCUUGUGUCAAUGUUCUCCAUGAAGCAUAGGAUCAUUGUGUAGUGUCUUGACAUCAUCAUUUCAAUUCAUUGGCUGCCCCAGUAGGGGUGAGAAAACACAUGAUGUUAUCACAAGAAUUCAUAAUAUCGUAGAAUUGUGGAGUUUGAAGGGACUUUAAGGGUCAUCACGUCCAAUCCUCUGCUAUGCAGGAAUCUCAGCUAAAACAUCUGUAACAGAUGGCCAUCCAAUCUCUGCUUAAAAACCUCCAAGGAAGGAGAGUCCACAACCUCCUGAGUGAAUCUGUUCCACUGCUGAACAGCUCUUACUUCAUGUAGAGAAAUUCAUGCAGAGGUACUGCUGGAGAUGUCUAGAGUCUCCUGUUCUGAGACUAAGAUAGUUAGCAGUUUGAGCCUACUUAAAAAGCUCAGAGCUGAAUUUGGGAUCUUUGUGGUAGCCACUACUCUAUGCUAAUUCCCAAGGAAUCAAAUGCUUAAUAUACAUGAGAUAUUUAUUGUAUAUCCAAACAGACAUAUAUGACAUUAGCAGCUUUUUCUCUGAACUCCAAGUGAUCCUUUAAAUUUCUGGUUUGUGUAUUCUGUCUCAUUAAAGAGCAAUUUUUAAUCCUUCAUUCACUGUUGGCUGUGGCCCUCAAACAUCUUAUUACUAGACUAGCCCUGUGGACGCUGAUGGGACUCCUCCAAAGUGAGUGCCUGGAGGCUAGUAGCUAUGAUAUAGUAUCUGACUGGAAAACCUCUGGGAAACACUUAAGGUUUCCUAUUUCUAGGCUCACAUGUAGAGGGAUUUUGUGUUAUGCCAUGCCCUUCAUGGCAGCCACACCCCUGUGGCAGCCAUUUUGUGAGCAGUGCCCAUUGCAUUUUCUCAACAUUCAGAAUGUGCCCAUUGGUCCAAAAAGGACAGCAGUCCCUGAUUUAAAUAUUUUACUUAAAUGUUUUAUUUCAUUUUUUUAUAUGCAUUUGUUUUUUUUUAAAUAAUAUUUAUUACUUUUCCAAAAAAUUUAAACACUAAAAGAAAAAAAACCAAUACAAUACAAUACAUUCAACUUAACAAAACAAAAGAAAAAUAAAAUAAAUCAAACAGUUUCAUUAUCCCAUCUUUCAUUCACUUAUUUCCACGACCUCCUCACACCUCCCUUUUUGUUUUCCACUUCUAUUAAUUAUUUCAGCAAUUCCUUUUCAUCUUCCUCUGUUUUCUAUCCUAUAAUUAUCUUAACUCAUUCUAACCUUAUUUUUUCCUUUAAUACUCUAUUAAUCUAUUUAUACUUAAUUCCUUAUAACAUUUUUACUAAAGCCAUGUAACUUCAUUCCAACAUUUUUCUAACAUUCAUUGAUUUUACAGUAUUUCUGUAGAUAGUCUUUAAAUUUUUUCCAGUCUUCUUCCACCAACUCUUCUCCCUGGUCUCGGAUUCUGCCAGUCAUUUCCGCCAAUUCCAUAUAGUCCAUCAACUUCAUCUGCCAUUCUUCCCGGGUGGGUAAAUCUUGUGUCUUCCAAUAUUUUGCGAUGAGUAUCCUUGCUGCUAUUGUUGCAUGCAUAAAGAAAGUUCUAUCCUUCUUUAACACCAAUUGGCCGACCAUGCCCAGGAGAAAGGCCUCUGGUUUCUUCAGGAAGGUAUAUUUGAAUACCUUUUUCAUUUCGUUAUAUAUCAUCUCCCAGAAUGUCUUAAUCCUUGGGCAUGUCCACCAAAGAUGAAAGAAUGUACCUUCAGUCUCGUUACAUUUCCAACAUUUAUUAUCGGGCAGAUGGUAGAUUUUUGCAAGCUUGAGUGGUGUCAUGUACCACCUAUAAAUCAUUUUCAUUAAGUUUUCUCUUCGGGCAUUACAUGCCGUAAAUUUCAUACCUGUGGUCCAUAACUGUUCCCAGUCAGCCAUCAUUAUGUUAUGUCCAACAUCUUGUGCCCAUUUAAUCAUUGUUGAUUUCACCGUUUCAUCCUGAGUAUUCCAUUUCAACAGCAAGUUAUACAUUUUUGACAAAUUCUUAAUUUUGGAAUCUAACAAUUCUGUUUCCAAUUUUGAUUUUUCCACCUGGAAACCAACUUUUUUGUCCAAAUUGUAUGCCUCCAUUAUUUGAUAAUAAUGGAGCCAGUCUCGCACUUUAGUUUUCAGUUUUUCAAAGCUCUGCAAUUUUAUCCUGUCUCCAUCUUGAUCCAGAAUUUCCCAAUAUUUCGGCCAUUUGGCCUCCAUAUUGAGUUUUUUCUGUGCCUUCGCUUCCAUUGGAGACAACCAUCUUGGGGUUUUCUUUUCUAACAAAUCUUUAUAUCUUAUCCAAACAUUAAACAGUGCUUUUCUAACAAUAUGAUUUUUGAACGCUUUAUGUGCUUUUACCUUAUCAUACCACAAAUAUGCAUGCCAACCAAAUACAUUAUUGAAACCUUCUAAAUCCAACACGUCAGUGUUUUCAAGAAGCAGCCAUUCUCUCAGCCAGCAAAAAGCUGCUGAUUCAUAAUAAAGUUUGAGGUCUGGCAGGGCAAAUCCACCUCUUUCUUUAGCAUCAGUUAAUAUCUUAAAUUUUAUUUGAGGCUUCUUGCCCUGCCAAACAAAUCUGGAAAUAUCUUUCUGCCACUUCUUGAAACAAUCCAUCUUGUCCAAAAUUUGUAAUGUUUGAAACAAAAACAACAUCCUUGGCAGCACAUUCAUUUUUAUCACAGCAAUUCGGCCUAACAGUGAUAACUUCAAAUUUGACCAUAUUUCUAAAUCCUUUUUCACUUCUAUCCAACAUUUUUCAUAAUUAUCCUUAAAUAGAUUCACAUUUUUGGCAGUCAUGUUAACCCCUAAAUAUUUCACUUUCUUAACCAAUGUUAGUCCAGUCUCUUCCUGAAACUUUUCUCUUUCAUUCACAGUUAAAUUUUUCUCUAAAACCUUAGUUUUCGUCUUAUUCAGCUUAAAACCUGCUACUUCUUGAAUCAGUUCCAAUACUCUUUUUGUACUGGAUUCUGGCUCCUGUAAGGUCAAUACUAAAUCAUCAGCAAAUGCUUUUAGUUUAUACUGUUUAACUCCCACUUGUAUACCUUUAACCUCUUGGUCCUUUCUUAUCAUGUUUAACAGAACCUCAAGGACCGAUAUAAAGAGCAGUGGAGAAAUUGGGCAGCCUUGUCGUGUCCCUUUCUCAAUCUUAAACUCUUCUGUCACUACAUUGUUCACAAUUAAUUUUGCCUUUUGUUCUGAAUAAAUUGCACCUAUACCAUUUUCAAAACCUUGACCUACCCCCAUCCCCUGUAGAUUCUUCUUCAUAAAGCUCCAGGAAAUGUUGUCAAAGGCUUUCUUCGCGUCCACAAAUAUCAAAACAGCCUUAGUUCACUUGAAGUUAUUCACUUGAAGUUUUUCUAGAAUAUUAAUUAUAUUCCUCAUAUUAUCAGACAAAUGUCUACCCGGGAGAAAGCCCACUUGGUCUGUAUGAAUUUCUUCUACUAACACCUUUUUUAAUCUUUUAGCCAAAAUAUCUGCAAAAAUUUUAUAAUCCACAUUUAGCAGCGAUAUGGGGCGGUAGUUCUUGAGCUGUGUCUUUUCAGUCUCUGUUUUCGGUAUAAGUGUAAUGUAAGCUUCCUUCCAUGACUCUGGUGCCUUUCUCCUUCCAAUAUUUCAUUGCAGACUUCCUUCAAUGGUUGUAUUAACCAUUCUUUCAAAGAUCUGUAAUAUCUUGAAGUUAAACCAUCUGGUCCUGGAGAUUUACCUAGUUGCAUGUUCUGGAUAGCCCCUUCCACCUCCUGGUCCGUUAUUUUAUAAUUCAACAUUAAUUGUUUCUCCUGAGAGAUUUUGUGUAGUCCAUUUAUUUUCAAAAAUCGAUCAAUGUCCAUUUCUUUCUGCUUCUCCUGUGUAUAGAGUUGUUUAAAAUACCUCUGGAAACACUUCCUAAUCUCCACUGAGUUCUGUAUAUUUUUUCCUUCCACUUCCAAAUUCGUAAUAGUGUUGAGUUUUUGUCUUUUCCUCAUUUGCCAGGCCAACAAUUUCCCACAUUUAUUUGCCGAUUCAAAGGUCUUUUGCCUCAUCUGUUUAAUCUUCCAUUCUAUUUCCUGAUUCAUCAGCUUCACAUAUUGUACUUGAUAUUACUUUAUCUCUUUCAAAAUCUCCUGUGACUUUGGUUUUGCUCUCAGUUUCUUCUCUCCUUCCUCUAUCUUUCCCAAGAUUUUAUCCUUUUUUUCAUUCUGAGUUCUCUUCUUAAUUGCGUUCUGUUAUAUUAGGAAUCCUCUCAUCACCGCUUUGCUUGCAUCCUAAAUUACUCUUUUUUCCACUGUAGUAUUCAUGUUUAUCUCAAAGUAAUCUCUUAGAGUUUUUUGGGCCUUCUUGGUCACCUCUUCAUUCCUAAACAAAGUGUCAUUCAUCCUCCAUCUAAAGGAACCAAUUGACGUCAAUUUCAUUUCCAUCUUCACCACAUUAUGGUCAGAACAAGUUUUGGGGCGAAUCUCCACUUUGCUGAUCUUCAGAGCCAGUCCCCUGGUUACCCAGAUUUGGUCAAUUCUUGUCCAUGUCAUUUUAGCCUCAGAGAAGAAAGUUCCCUCUCUUCCCAGAGGGUUCUUCAUUCUCCAAAUAUCAACUAAGUCCAUAUUUUCAGUCAUGUCAAAAACUUUUUGGUAGUCUACCAUCUUUGGUGACUACCUGUCUCUGUGCCUUAUCCAUAUUUGUAGACACCACUCCAUUCAUAUCUCCCAUCAAAAUCAUAUUAUAGUCCAUAUAAUCCAUCAGAGUCUCAUGUAACUUCUUAAAGAAUUCCGAUUUUCCUUCAUUUGGUGCAUAAAUACCUAGAAUCAAGAAUUUCUCUCCUUGUGAUUGAAUUUCAAUUGCUACGAAUCUUCCUUGAUCAUCUUUAAAUAAGAAUUUCGGUGAUAGGCUCUCCUUUGCAUAGAGGGCCACUCCUCUUUUUUUAACUUUGUCUGAUGAAAUAAAUUCUUGGCCCAAUCUUUUAUUACUCAAUAUCUUCCUGUGUAGCCUUAUCACAUGUGUUUCUUGUAAACAAAUUAAGUCCAAAUGUUCUUUUUUCAAUAAAUGAAAGACUCUCCGCUUUUUUUCUGGGGAGUUCAGUCCAUUUACAUUCCAGCUCAAGGCCUGCAAUGCCAUCAUGUAAUUACGCUGAUGUUCCUCCAACUGCACCCAAUAUUUGCUCUUCUUCUGUUGGUGGUAAUGGUAGCACGUUCACUGGGGAGUCCAAUCCAAAAGACAAUGUUGAUAUAUCCAAUAUUCCCCUGUUUGGUGAUCUCCUGUCCGAUGCUCUCUGCUCUGGUCCUCUAUCUGGUGAUCUUCUGUCCGAUACUCUUGGCUCUUUUCCUAGUCCCUUCUGCAGAUCUUCUUCAUAUUUGUUCAGAAACUUCACUUUAUCCUCUACUGAUCUUAUUUUUAUUUUCCUACCUUUGAACCUGAAAGAUAAACCUUGGGGAAACUCCCACCUAAAAAUAAUUUUAUUCUUUCUCAGCAGGGCAACAAUAUCUCCGUAGUCAGGCCUAAGAUCCAAAAGAUAUUUCGGGAUGUCUUUAAAAAUUACCACUUUUAACUGUUGUACUUCUAGGUUCUUCUGGUAGUGCCAACCCAAGAUUCUAUCUCUCUCUUCUUUAGUUCGAAGGGUAAUCAAGCAGUCUUUUAUUGUAUUCUUCUCUUUUUUCCCUCCUUUUCCAAAUCUAAAGGCCCUCACAGUUUUAAACUCUUCUUGUCCCAAGUCCAAGUCCCAAAAGUCAGCAAAUUCCUGUGUAAGAAAGUCUAUCAAACUUUCCUUCUCCUAUUCAGGUAGGCCUCUGAUCCUUAGAUUCGUCUGUUUUUCUUUAAAUUCAAUCAUAGCAAGCGUCAACUUAUGUUCGUCAAGUUGCCUCUGUAGGGCUGGGACUCUCUCUCUCUCUCCAGUUGCGUUACUUUGCAUUCAGCAGCAGCAGCUUUCUCCCUAGCUUCCUCCGCAGUCUGCCGUAUCAGAGUGGAUUCCUGUAUCAAUUUCUGAAUAGUUUCUGUAUUAGUAUUCACCUUUAGUCCCAGAUUGUUUAUGCUUUCCGUAUUUAAGUCAAAUCUAGUAGUUGCAGCAUCCACUUUCUUAUUAAGCUGUUCCAAUGAAUCAUUUAUCUUACCUAAUGCAACCGCUAGUACCUCUUCUGGCAACAUUCCUCUUGAUUUUGGUUGUGCUGAUAUAGACACAGCAGCAGCCGGAGGAGUAGGGUCUGGUAUUGAACUUCUCCUAGGUUGCUGCCUAAUCUUCCCAGACCUUAAUGUUUUUUCAGCAGUUGACAGAUCUGUUUUUUCCUUUCCAUUUGCCAUAACACUUAAAAGAUUCAAGGUCAAUCCCAGAGUCUCACAGUUUUUUUAUCUUGCAGCUGGAAAUUCCCCCAGCCCAACUCUUAUAAAACUCUUGUAAAACAACCAGUUUCAAAGGCUUCCACUGGGGGAAACAUUUUCUAUUUAUGUUAUUUUGUAUUAGUCAAUAAUGUCCUCUUUUAAACACAGUUCAGACAAUCCAAAGUUAGUUUCAAUUUUCUGUUACUUUUUUACUCCUUUUUAGAAACAGCCAGAGACUGUAAAAACAAUGUAUUCUCUUACUUAGCUAGCUGUCAGUGAACGUUCUAAACGCUGUCAAUGGACAUUCCAAAAGACGUCAGUCCUACUAGCAGCCUGUUUCCAGGGUCAGAGCGGCGGUAUUCUAGCUCUCUUCACUCUCUCCUGCAGGCAUACUCAGUCCAGAACUUCCCCCCCUCUUCUCCUGCCCCCGAGGGGGGGUUAAAUGUUCUUUACCGUUGAAAGUUUAGUCUUUUACCAAAGGCUUUCCAAGGCUUCAGCUUGCAGCUUCAUUGCGUCAGUCUAUUUACAAAAGGGGAAGGCGGACUUCCUGUAUUGAAGCUCCCCGCUUCGAUACCAAAUUAUACGUUUAGAAAUCCAAUUCUCCCGUUUCAGCUCUACUCACGGGUAAUUACUUUAGAGUCAAAUUGUCCACAGGAAAAAGUCAGCGCUCUCCGGCAACGGCUGUGCGGCUUCGCUCCGUGGAAGAAGCAGACGAUUCGAAGCACCGCGCCACUCACCCCACGUCGCUCCAGAGCCCCGAAAUCGGGGUUCCCCGCGAGUAGGGGAGGCGCAGAAGGUGCCCGCCGAAUCCCACGUUCACAGGCUUCUCCCGCCUGUGAUUUUUUGCAGGUCUCCGCCUUCGCCGUGGUGGCCAGACCCAAUUUCUCACGGGGCAAAUUCCUCCCGGUCAGAGGAAUUCCGCCAUUGCGGAUGGCGCCAACCCGGAAGUCCCUAUAUGCAUUUGUGUUCAAAGACCUUCUGGUACGGUACAGAUUUUAAAAAUCUACACCAUGAAAUAAAUAGAAAUGAGAUUCUAGUGCAGUCUGUUAAUCAAGUUAUUGCCCAGCCCAUUAAUUGCAUCUGUGCAAGGCCCAUUGAACCAAUUAAUCUAUUUGAAGAAUUUAUAAGCCACUCAUUAUUUAAAAAUAUCAUGGCAGUGUACAAUAAAUCAUUAAAUACAAAGUUCAGACAAUAAGGAUACAUUCAAACCAGCAUGAGUAAUUUCCAACAAUGCUGCCCUAAAAAAGCCAGGGUGAAUAAAAAUGACUUAAGGAGGUACUUAAAAGAACGAGUGGCUGGCACUGCCCUCGUUUCCAGGGGGAGCUUAGUCCAAAGUUACCACAGCAAAAGAUCUGCCUCAGGUCUAAACCAAUUUUGGGGUGUGUUGCACCCAUAAGAGGGCCUCACUUGAUGACCUAUGGGGUAUGAGCAGGAUGACAUAGAAUGAUGUGAGGUUGUACAGCAGCAGCACUUGGCGGUUUAUACCAAAGGCUCUGCUCUUGGGAAAGGCAAAUUCUGUGAGAAGAAACACCAAAUAUUGGGACCUGCAAAGGGCAGACCCUGCAUUCUCUCAGGAGCUUGUAGACUGAAUAAUUGAAAAUAGAUCAUAACAUUGUAAGCUGUAUAAUCAUUGCCAGGGUGAUGGCUCAUCCCCUGCCCUCCAAGCUGCGGUUGCUCUUGCUUGUUUUCAGUUUUCAUUUUAAUAGAGCUGUUCUGCCCUAGAGCAGUUCUAAGAAAAAGAGCAGUUAAAAAAUUAAAAAUCCACCCUUCCUUCUUUCAUUUUGACUGAUGGAAAUAAAAUCAGAGUAAGAGGUGUGGCAGUAUAUGGUACCUUAUGAAACAUCACUACAUACACAUAAAAAGCCACCACCUGGUUGCACAAUGCGCUUUAGCUGGGUAACAUGCAGUUUUAUAUUGGAUUUACUUCCCUUAUCUGAUUAGCCUGAUAGUCUAAAUUUAAUGAGGAAAAACUGGGGGCUGCCAGUUGGAUGAGGAAGAUAUUACAUGCAUAAUAUACACACAAGUAGCUUCAAAUCCAUAUUAAACUCCUGUGUGGAUGAGCCCUAACAUAGCUACGCCUCUGUAAAUUGUUAUACUUUAAGUAUGUCUUUGCAACCAAAAGGGCCAGAAACCUAUGGGUUUUAAGAAUAUAUAAAUAUAAAAGAUGAAAUUGUCAAGAAACUGAACUCUGCGCCCAGGAGCAAAUUCUAUGCUCUCAGAAGUGUAGAAGUACCCAGAUUGUGCCCAGCAGUUCUGAGGCUGGGAGUUGCACAUAUUACUGAAAAAUGUUGCCUCUCCUCUCCUCUCCUCUCCUCUCCUCUCCUCUCCUCUCCUCUGCAGAAAAGAAAACUGAUAGAGGCUUGGCCAGUGAAUCCCUAAACCUUCCUGUUCUGCAACCCCCACUCUCAAUGACACAGGUAAGGAGUCACAAAUCACUCUGGAGAGCCAGUGCUCAAGUGCAGGGGUGGGGAACCUGUGACCCUCCAGAUGUUGUUGCUGGACUUCAGUUCCCAUUGGUCCCAGCCAGCAUGGCUAAAGGACAGGGAUUGUGGAAUUUGUGGUCAGGCUACAUGUGGAUGGCUGCAGGUUCCCCCUCCCUGUUCUAGCACUGGGCUGAGCAUUUGAGGAGCUUCCUGGGGAGCUUCCUUUCUGCUCCCUCCUCUUGAUUAAAGCUUGUGUCCAGUUAUUCAGAUUCAUUUACAGUUUGCUCUGUCCAAACUUAUCUGCCAAGAUAAGAAACAAGCUCCAUGACUUAUUCAUCACUGCAACAGUGUUGUGAGUUGAAACCAGUAAAUGCAGUAAUACAGUGGUACCUUGGUUUUUCCAAAUGUAAUCUGUUCUGGAAGACCGUUCGAGUUUUCGAAACAUUUGAAAACCAAAAACUCAAAAUGGAAGCCUCAAAACGGAAAUCUCAAUACGGAAAACUCAGUACAAAGGCCACAUUUCCGGUUCAACUUCCGAGGCGUGUUCAAAAACCAAAGCAUUUACUUCCAGGUUUACGGCGUUCGAGUUCCAAAAUGUUUGUCAACGGAGAUGUUAAAAAACUGAGGUACCACUGUACUUAAAUACUAAAUUCAAUACAGUGGUACCUUGGGUUACAUACGCUUGAGGUUACAUAUGCUUCAGGUUACAGACUCCGCUAACCCAGAAAUAGAUCCUCGGGUUAAGAACUUUGCUUCAGGAUGAGAACAGAAAUUGUGCUCCGGCGGCGCGGCGGCAGUGGGAGGCCCCAUUAGCUAAAGUGGUGCUUUAGGUUAAGAACAGUUUCAGGUUAAGAACGGACUCUGGAACGAAUUAAGUACUUAACCCGAGGUACCACUGUAUAUGCUUCUUUAUAACCAAUGUGGUGAUCUGCAGUUGAGGCUGAAGGCAAAUGAAAGUCCAAUUUGGAAGAGUCCUCAGUGGUCCUGUCCUGGUGGAAACGGGCUGGUUUGUAGCAGGUUUGUAGCAGAAGUGCGGGUUGGCUAGCUCUUAAAAUGUUCCCAAGAACCUGCUUCUCCAGAUACAGUGCUUAGUUCUUAAAGAGCACUAUCACCUGCCUUGUAACAGUUACUGUUCCACUCAUGCCAUGUUGAUGUUAUCUUUGUAUUUUGACAGUGCUAACAUAUCUAGCUAAGAAUUUUUGAUGUCCUCAUUGGAAUCCACACCUUCCUUUUCCAUAAUGUAAUAUUUUAUUUAUAUACCUAUUUUUACCUCACAUUUUAUCUUAUCUUAUAUUUUGUUUGUUUGAAAGUUUCAUAUCCUACCUUUCAAUCAAAUGACCUACAAAACAGCUUAUAACACAUUAAAAUUAUACAAAAAUUACCUAGCAGCCUUUUUUAUCUGUGGCUGCUGAUGGAGCCCAUAGUGGCCUUAGCCUUGUUUCUGGAGUUCCAGGCCAACUUUUCCUACAAAUUGGCACAGAUUAAUCACAUGUAUGACAGAAGGACGGAAGAGGGAAGACAUGGGAGAAGGCUCUCUGGCCUAUUCCAUCUCAUGCAAGUCUUGCUAAACUAGGGGUGGUGAGCUCUUGAGCCAGAUGUGGCCCAUAAAGCUAUUUUUAGUGAUCUGCUGGCCCUCUGCCAAAACCAUUGUGGGGGAAGUCCUCUUCUCCCUCUGGUGCAGUGCCAUUACAACAGGAAAAAGCAAGGAGAUCUAAGAUUGGAGCUUCCCUCUGCUUGUUUUUCUACCUCAUGUUGCUUGUCAUCCGCACAGCAGUGCUGGGGUAGGAGGAGAAGAGGAAAAUCAAGGUGAAGGAGAGCCCUUUUCCCCUGGAACCACACAGGCAACGCAGCAGUGGGGGGAAACUGGCCCGGCUGGGUGUCUGCCCACCAACCACCUUGGCAUGCAGCCUUGGGGGGGGGGGCAAUCUUCAGCCCUUGGGCUGAAAAGGGUUAGUUGCCCCUAACUAGCUCAUUCCAGUGCUAACUAGCCCAUUCUGCCAAGGCAAAAAGUGUAGGCACAACAGCAAACCAAAAUAAAGUCCCUAAACCAGUUGUGGGAAUACUGUUGUAUAUUUCUAUGCUACAAGAAAUGGGAUGUGGGCAUCUAGGACUUAAAAAAAAAUUACAUUUGUAUUAAUUACAUAAAAAGGACAUAUGAUAUUUUUAUAUCCAGAAUAAUCAAUUUUUCAGUAUUUUGCCAUAUAUCUAAAAUAUAUUUAGUACCGUAUUUGAAAUAUUAAACUUGUUGCUGGACAUUUUCUUCAGGUUUAGCUCUAUUCUGUUCAAUAAAACAAGUCUAAGGUUACAGUUCUGCACACACUUACCUAAGGAUAAAUACCACUGAAUUCAUCAGGACUUAUGUCUGAGUAAACAUGCAUAAGACUGCAUUGUAAGUUUUAUUUUAAAAAAAUUGGUAGUGUGUGCUUAGGUCUGGACACUUGAAGGACUGCCUCAUGUCCUGUCAAAUUGUCAUCAGGGCCUCUGAGGGGAGAGGACCUUUUCAGUGGCUGCCAACAGGCUUAGAUUCUCUUGCCUGAGAGAUCCACCUGCAUUCCCCCCUUGCAGAUGGUAAGGACUCCUGUAUUUCAGAAGCCCUUUAAUAAUAUGGCAGGUUAAACUACCUGUUGUCUGUUGCCACUGGUAUUUGUUGUGUGCUUGCUGCUUCUGUUUUAGGUGGUUACACUGCUCUCUUGUGUUUUAGUAUUAUAGAGAACUUAAAAAAAAAAUCUAGGUGUUUUGAUUUUAUUAGGUGCCUUGGUAAUUUGCAGAGAAGGGUGAGAGAAAAAUGCUUUUAAAUUAUUGGUUUUCAGCCAGUGAGCCAUGGCACCCUGGGGUGACUUGAGGAACAUUCAGGGGAUCUCCAGGAGGGCAUCCUUUCAUUAACUUGCAACCCAUACCUUCUUCCUGCAUUGUCUCCCUCUCUUUCUUUCUGAGGAACAUUCAGGGGAGCUGGCAGCUUUAACUUCCAGCCCAUUAUCUUCCCAAAAUAAAACAGUAGCAAAAAAGUGGGGAAACACUUUUGCAUGACUGUCUAUCUUCUUAGUAUCAAACUUUAUUUUGGUCACAAACCAGCAUAAAAUAAAGCAUACAUAUUUUUUAUCUUCUUAAAAUCUCUUCCCCCAUCCAAAACCAAAAAUCCUUCCAGCUUCAGUAACCAACAGUUCCUUAGCUUUACAGGGAAGGCUUGAGAAAUGCAAGAAAAUAGCUAAGUAGCUUGAUGGUGUGUGUGCUCUAUAAGGAGGGAUUUAAAAAUAACCCUGAAAGUGUGGAGUGUUUUCUGUGUUUCUCUUUCCUUCUACCCCCAACAUCCCUCCCCCCUUCUUCUCUACUUCUCCCUUCAGGCAACCCCCCUCUGCCUUAACAGUCACCCAGCUUUAUGGGGACAGGGAGAAUUUAUAUUUUUAUGACUUCAAAAACGGGACAAAUUGGGGGCCAAAGAGGACAGGGGACUCUGUGUCCCCAAAAUGGGACUCUCCUGUAAUUAUAAGGGACAGGUGGCAAUCCUACUUUAAUGUGACCUCUGUGUUCCCCUUUAUUUAAUAGAAUUAUUUUUUUAAAGAGAAAGGGUUCUCUCAUUAUCAAGAUCACUAUUUUUAAUAGGUUUAAUCAUUUUUAUUAAAUACAGAAGGCACAUACCUGUAUGAACACACACUCCCCUGAAACAUAAAUGAAGAAGAUCACAGGGAUACUUAAAACAAUAACGGACAGCAGGGGUGGAUAACCCCAGUAUGGGGGCCUGAUGAGCCACUCACAAGGACAUGUCUUGUCCCCAAGAUUCUACCAUUUUUGGUAGUGGUGGCAAAAAGAAAUAAAUCACAGCAUUGGGGAGGCCCAGGAUUAUUAAACUGCCCAGUCCAGCCCCUGAUGGGAAUACAAAUUGUCUUCUCUUGAGUAAUCAGAUCAGUGCUUUGAGCAGAGAGGGGCCUCUGUAUAUUUCCUGACAUGCCUGGGGUGUGGGGUGGCCACACCCAUGGCUUGCAUGCAGUCCAUGAGGAGGAGGAGGAGAAAAGAUUAGCCACCCCUGAUUUAACAACAACAAUCUUUAUUACGGUCCAGAGACCCAACAAAACAUUACAAAUCAAUACACAGCCCAUACAGCCUACCUCCAGGUUAAUCAAACAUUUUGUUUAGAAUAUAGGGCUCAUUUGUUCUUUCAACCACCGAUAAAAACUUUGCCACUGCCAACGUUCUAGCUUUUGUCCGGUCUUCCAGUAGGAACCUGACAUAGUGAGCCUCUGAUUUUCCCGGGAAAGUCACCAGCAAGGGUAGUAUCAGUUCAGCCCUGGCCUGCUCAUACUUCGCACAAUGCAACAAAAUAUGAUUUAUGGAAUUGAUGUCUUGAGCACACGAGCAAAGUCUGUCCUGGUAGGGAACUCCUCUCAACCUACCAUCCAGCACUGCAGAGGGGAAGACAUUUAGUCUGGCUUUGGUGAAAAGCCUUCGAUACUUAGGUACUGUCAGGUUUUUGAUGUAAGAUGUUAACUCAAAGACAUACCCAUAUUGAACUCCUGCUGCCAGCGGACUACAGACUGCGUGUGAUCGAGAUCGCAAGUCACUGUGUGCAUUGUCCCAUAAUCUUUGCUUUAAAACCUUUUGGGUGCCUUCAUAACCCAGGUAAUACAGUUGGGGGGGGGGGGAGACCAGUAGAGGUGGCUUUUUUAGUAAUGGUUUUCUGCCAUUUGCUGACAAAUUCCUCAUUGGUCAAAUGUUGGUACAGACCCUUCCCUAGAUUAAACACUGAAAUCCUGAGCCAAUGUUUUAGGGCAGCCCACCACGCUCUAGCUGAAAUUGGGCAUUCACCAGCUUCCAACAGAAGUACGGAGUUGGGGACGCAGUUAGGUACCUGCAGCAGAGAUCGUAUAAAUUUUGCCUGAAAGCCAUCUAGCUUUGGCAGGUCCCCAUUAUGCCAGACAUUUGCUGCAUACAGGAGUUGGGAAACGGGCUUUGCGUUGAAAACCCUUAAGGCUGCUGGAACAUAUUUGCCGCCCUUUGUGAAGAAGAAUCUAUAUAUGGCUAGCUUUGUAAUCUCCGCCUUUUGAAGGGAGGUUUGCCAAUGGUGCUUCCAAGAUCCUGUAUGAUGGAAUGUGAGCCCUAGGUAACUGAAGUAUUUUACCUGUUCAAGGUUAUGGCCAUCCAGCACCCAUUUAGACUGGGAGAAACACCCCCCCCCCCCCCGAUUUAAAGUUUGACAGCUACAGCAUAUCGAUCCCAUAAACCAUCUUUUCUUAACUGCAGUAUACUUAAUAACUAGACUCCAUUGUUUGCUUCACAAUGAUUAGAUGCAGUAGGAAACUGAUUUAAAGAAGCCAUGAUGUCAUCACCAAAGCUGUGCAUGGACACACACUGGCCGCCUGUGGGCAACAUGCUAAGCCAUGGUUUAACAUUCUGGGAAUAAACCUUGGUGCACCUUGUGCUCCCACAUGCCUUCCUCUCUCUCUUCCACCAUUGCAGCCACAAGGGGGUGUUUGGAAGCUUUUGCUUAAAUUUCAUAGCCAUUUUCUCUCUUUUUCAAAAUUUUAUUUAUGCAUUUUCAAAAUUUCAAUACAUACAACUUACAGUUAUCUUUAAUUAUCCCAUAUCCCCUGACUUCCCCACCCAUCCCUCCAUGGCUUCCUAUUUGUUUCUUGUUGAGCUGCAUAUUCUUUAAUACCACCCAAUUUAAUUCUAUACAAUAUUCUAAUUGUUUUUAACUGCUGCUUAUAGGUCUAGCCCUACAUGGAAGUUUAUUUGACUAUUAUAUUUCUUUAAAUAUUCUCCAAAGUGUUUCCACUCCUCACGUAUAUGUGACUCAUCUUGAUUUCUUAUCUUCCCUGUCAUAAUUGCUCACUCCAUACAUUCGAUUAACUUAUUUUGCCAGUCCUCUUUUGUAGGGAUUCCUUUGUCCUUCCACUUUUGUGCAUAGAUUAUUCUAGCUGCUGUAGCUGCGUAGAGAAAAAAACAAAGUUCCCUCUUAGGAAUUUCACCAUCUGUUAUACCCAGUAGGAAAAUCUCUAUUCUGGGGGGAAAUGUCAGCCUUAACAUCUUUUUAAAUUCUACAUAAAUCAUUUCCCAAUAUUCUUUAGCUUGUUUACAUGACCACCACAUAUGCAUGAAGGUCCCCUGUAUCUUUUGGCAUUUCCAACAUAGUUUUGAUUAUUUUUUAUACAUUAUCACAAGUUUGCUCAGAAACCCGUUCAUAGCCAUUUUCUCAACAUGGUUGGUUCAGUUUUCUUUCCAGCAGCUUGCAAAUGUUGUUCUUGUAGCGACCAGAAGAUUUUCUUGCACCUGUUUUACAGAGAUUUAUAACUGUCCAGUAUGUUAUAUAGCUCUGAAUAUCUAUUUUUGUAGCACUCUCUUAAUUCAAACCAUCCACCAAUUGGGAUCCCUGUAUUAAUAAAAAAUUCCAAACGCCCUCUUUCAAUUUUACAUUGCAUAUAUGUUUCUCAUUUCUAUACAUGAAUUCUUUCUCCCAACACCCUAUCAAUGCCAUGCAAGAUGAUUUUUGAACACAUUUUUGCCUCAGCCUUGAAAUUUUUUCAGGGAAUGAAGUUUGUAUAAAUGUUGUAUCUUCUUUUUUGAGAAUUCAAUAAAUGCUGCAUUUGGAGAUAUUGAUAAAAGGAGAUAAACUUAAAUGUCAUAUUUAUUAUUAAAGUACUAUGGUUUUAAACAUACCACCAUGUACAAUUCAUUCAAACAAUUUAUACCUCACUCUUUAGAACUUUUUCUGACAAUUUUAGAACCAAAAUUCCUCAAAAAGAAAAAUAAUAUUCUUCCUAAAUUUUAGAAAUACUGAUUUGGUAAAUAAAAUACAAUGGACUAGGGCAGCGUUACUCAACCUGUGGGUUCCCAGAUGUUGUUGAACUACAACUCCCAUCACCCCUAGCUAGCAAGGCCAGAGCUCAGGGAUGAUGGGAGUUGUAGUCCAACAACAUCUGGGGAUCCACAGGUUGAGAACCGCUGGACUAGGGGAAGCAAGGGACUUAACUGCAGCAAAUCACAAAUCUGCUCUGCAAGGCAACACUCUUCCUGCUUUGAAUGGGAAACCCAGCCUGUCCCACACUUUCUCUGGAACAGUCCGGUUGGUAAGGCCAAUGACUUCUCAUCCUCCUAGGAUUUCUGCUCUUGCCUUCCCCACAUUCUCCUCCACUUUUCUUUUUUGUGUGGCAAAUAUUGUUUAAUAACACUUGUACUAGCACUCAAAGUGCUCAGGGUGGUAUGCACCUGGACAUGUCUCACUCUAUACCUCCGAACAGUCCUUCACUUGAGUGGCUGGCUCCACGUCUGGGAAACCAUCCCUGGCCAAUGCUGACUGGGGAUCAUUGGAGUUCUAGUUCAGCAACAUCUGGAGGCCCACAACUUGUCUAGUUCAAUGGAUAUGCUCCAUCCACUACACACUUCAAAUAUAUUUAUCUGAGAGCCAAUAAACUGAAACUCAAUCCAGAUAAGACAAAGGCACUGUGAGUAAGAGGUCCUCUAGACUGGAUGGAUGGGAGAUCCCCUGCUCUGGAUGGGGUUACACUCCCUCUGAAAGAGCGGGUACAUAGCUUGGGGGUUCUGCUGGAUCCUUUGCUGUCACUUGAGGCUCAGGUAGUCUCAGUGGCCUGGAGUGCCUUCCAUUAGCUUCAGCUGGUGGCCUAGCUAUGCCCCUAUCUGGACAGGGAUGACUCUGUUGCCUGCUUUGUUAACCUCUAGGUUAGAUUACUGCAAUGCAUUAUAGGUAGGGCUGCCUCUGAAGAUUGUAUAUCGUUAGGUACCAGGCGAAAAUGUUCCUCUUCAACCAAGCCUUUGACUGAUUAAUAUUCUGCAGCCUUUUAAAUGUGUUGGUGUUUUUUUUGAGGGGGGGGAGCUAUUGGUUUGUUGUUUUCGUUUUAACUAUUUAUUUGUGUUUUUAACUUGUACUUUUAUCUUGUGAACUGCCCUGAGAUCGUUCGGUGAAGGGCUGUAUAUAAAUCAAAUAAAUAAAUAAAAUACUUCUGGAUCCAUUGCUGUUGCUUGAGGCCCAGGUGGCCUCAGUGGAACGGAGUGCUUUCCAUCCGCUUCAAAUCGUGGCCCUGCUGUGCCCCUUUCUGGACAGGGACAGCCUAACUACUGUUGUCUAUGCUCCAGUAGUUUGGAUUCCUACAACAUGUUAUAGUUUCUGAGCCCAAUUCAAAGUGCUGGUUUUCCAGCAGCUCUGGAUCACAGUACAGUGGUACCUCGGGUUAAGAACUUAAUACGUUCUGGAGGUCCGUUCUUAACCUCAAACUGUACUUAACCUGAAGCAGCACUUUAGCUAAUGGGGCCUCCUGCUGGUGCCGCGCCGCCGCUGCCCAAUUUCUGUUCUCAUCUUGAAGCAAAGUUCUUAACCCAAGGUACUAUUUCUGGGCUAGCGGAGUCUGUAACCUGAAGCGUAUGUAACCCAAGGUACCACUGUACCUCAAGGACUGCCUCUCCCCAUCAACGGAGGCCCUUCUUUGUGUGCCCCCUCCAUGUGAGGUCUGGAGGGUGGCAACACAAGAAUGGGCCUUUUCUGUGGUGGCUCCUUGUUUGCAGAAUGCUUUCUCCAGGAAGGCUCAUCUAGUGCUUUCACUACAUAUCUUUAGGGGCCAGGCAAAAACAUUUUUCUGUAAUCAGGCUUUUGGCUGAUUAAACAUUCUAUGGUCUUUUAAAUUUGAUUGUGAGAGAGGGUUUAUUGGUUUGUUUAUGCUUUUGUUGUAUUUUGCUUUCCAAUUUUGUAUUUUUAUGUUGUGAACCACGCUGUGAUCUUUGGAUGAAUGGCAGUAUACAAAUUUUAAAAACAACAACAGCCACAACAACAACAUAAUUACUGCCACUCCAUGUUCCUUCUGGAAGGAGGUUAGGAUGUAAAUUUAAUUAAUAAAUAAAUAAAUGCAAUAAUAACUCAAAGGGGGCUUUUUUACAAUCAAGCAGUGUAUAAAUUUUAUGAAAUUGAUAAUACAUAAAUGAUAAUUUAGUAACAAAUUAAUUAAUUAGAAAAAUAGCCUCCUUAAAAAACAACUUGCCCAUUUGCAUUAGAUACAAACUGGAAGGAAAAUGUGGCCAAGUCCCAAGUGCUGGCAAAGUCCAGGCUCCCAGUUGGAGAAGCAGCAAGGAACCCAGAACAGAGGGAGCAGCAAGUCGGCCACGGAAGGCCUGGUAGCUUGCCUCAGUGAUGAGCUGCACAUGUGAGAGAAGGUGGGGAGUGGCAUGAGGUGACUCUGCAACUCACCUGAGCCCAGGACCAGGAGGAUUCUGGUCUGGUGCAAGUGUCCCUCUGAGUGAGCAGCUGUGGUGGCAGAAGUAGCGCCUGACCCACAGGGCUCCUGGCAGACAUUUUGCCCUUACUUUCUUUUAGGUGUAAACUGUAUCAUUAGACUAAAAUGCCAUGAAGAUUUUUCCCAAUCUAUGUUUAUGAAACAUUUUGCCAAGCAAAUGUACUCGUGGAGUCCCUAGCCCUGGAACUGUUUGAGAUUUGAUUAAUACAGUAUCUGUUGGAACAAUUGGUCUGGAGUUGAAAAUGGAGGGUAGACAAGGUGGCUAUUUUUCCUUUUCUGGUCUGCAACUGCUUGCAUAAAGUGUUCUGCGCUGCAAAGUGUAAUACACUGGUGGCAUUUCUUAACAUUUAGUAUGAGCAAAAAAGAGAAGUCCCUUGCAAUCAUAAUGAUGACCCCUUGAUGUUAGCAAGGUUUCCCAGCAGCUCCACAAAUGGUUGUGUUUAUUGCUUUGAAUAUAAAACCACAUUCUGCCAUUUUCUCUAUGUAUCUUUUCUUCUUCCUCACUUUGCCUAGAUUCCAGAACUCACUAUCACCACCAACUCCCCAGAAAAGAAGGAACCUUCUAAAGACAAUCUUGUGGAUUUCACCGAUUCCCCACAGGCACUUGCUUUCAAGGUCCAUCCCUCAUCUCAUGAGGAGCUGAAAGUGCCCUGGGGCUUGGUACUGGGAGCCGAAACCCUUCCCUUAGGGCAGUGGGAUGUGCCUGAGUUCAGCAAGUGUGACCUCACUACAGAGGGCUCUUUCAUGGAGGAAUGCAUGGAGGAGCAAUUGAGAAGGUACCAGGAGUUGCCCUACCGCUUGGAGGAAGAUGCCAUAGACCGGGAGCUGGAGCAGCUUUAUCUGUCCCACUUGAGCCGGCUCCGAGCAGAGGAGCUUGGAGGAAGAGAGGAGUGGGCUGAGGAAGGUUCAGGCAAUCCUAGCAGCCCUGCACCGUCUCUCAUUGCCUUGCGGCAGAGUGUCUUGACUGACCGUGACCUGAUAGUCAACUGGACAGGCCCCGAGAGAGCACUGAACAGCUCCCUGGCAGAGGAGAUCAUGCUGCACUAUGCCAAGCAGCGUGGUGAUGACUCCAGGGACAGUGAGGAGGAAGGAUGCACGCCAGGGUAUGCAACAAUGGCACCAUCUGAGUUGGUAGGACCAGGUCGUGAUAGUCCACCUGUCCUACUAGAAGGCUGCUUUCUAAACCACCUGGAAGAGGGAAAUGUCCAACGUGGCUUAUCUAAGGACUCUGACUCUCCUGUCAGCUUGAGAGUGGUGUCACCCAACACCUCACGACCUGCCACUCAGGAGGCCAUGGUGAUGCCUCUGGUAGUCCCAGCCCGGACACUAGUGCCCCUUCCACAGCGGUCCACAGAUCUGCUGUCCAGCCCUCUUGGUGCCCAUGGACAGAAAAAGAGUCAGGGCUUCUUGAUAGGGCAAGGUAGCCUUUGGUUGGGUGAGGGGCUUAAUGUCUACAAGCCUCCUGAAGCCAGUCCUGGUUCUCACAGUGAACUUGAAAAGAUCUUGACACGGUCCCUGCGGUUUCUCAGCCUCUUUGUCUUCCUGCCUGUGGUCUUCAGCAGCUGCAUGCCCCUCGUAGCCAUUAUGCUUUACCUCCUCCUGGACUGGUUCUCAUAGUUUGGCAUCUCUCUCUGUGAGGUGUUGGAAGGCCCGUAAGAGGACUGUCUGCAGCUUGGCUCCAUUCCUGUUUUCUUCUGAACAACCAUGGUUUGAUUGAGAGAAAGAGAGGGCAAGUCAAGUCCUCCUGAGAAAUCAUGGCAUGUCUUAGUUGCGGCUGCUUAUAAUUUUCCAAAGUUUAGUGCACUUUUCUUUCUUUUUGUUUUGUGAAAUCAUUUGAGGAUGAUUUUUAAAUGCAUUAUUUACAACCACCCAUGAGAAAAUUCCGAGGGCUAGCUCUAAAAGAUAGCAUGGCUGGACACCCCAUGAGUAGCAAAGAGCCUCCCAUCUCCACAACAUAUUGUUUUCCCUUGGCAUGAAACUCCCAAGAAGGGCAAAAGUAAUGUGAGAAAAUUCUUGGGUCGCCCACCCCUGCCACUUGAAAGAUAAAGGGACCAACUAAGGCUGCCUUGCCCAAAGGCCUGUCAAAUGCUAGAUCCAUUUCUGUGUGGUAAUGUUUCUAAUUUUUGUCAGAUAUGAAUUUGCAGGAGGCAUCUAUUUGCAGGAGGAAAGCAUUGCAUUUUUCUUCCCUGGAAAUAAAUUUCCUUGUUGGGGUUGGCAGACUUUAAUCUGAAUUUUUAAGCCUUCUCCUUUAUGGUGUUUGGCUUUCAAAGAUUGAAAUACCAAGCAUACAUACCUGGCAGGAGUAAGUCCCGUUAUUUAACAGGAGAAAGUAUACAAUUGCACUUUUAUACUUAAGAGAUGCACUAUGAACAGGUUUCAACUUGUUCCUUGUUUUGUUGGGGGGGGGACUUAUUGAAAAUAAGCAUUCACAUUUUUAAAGUCUAAUUUAAAUUUACCCAUGUCAGAUUUUUUUAAAGGGCCCUUUCUUAUUUAAAUCAUUUUUAAAAUGAAUUCAGUGUAUGCCUCCUCUGAGCAUAAUACUGCAGAGUAUGGCAACUAGAUUUCUGGGCAGGCUAAAUCUUGGAGGAAUCGUUGGUUAAGUACCAUUCAGAGUCCUUUUAGUAGAAAAGAUUAAUAAUAAUAAUAAUAAUAAUAUUGUCCCUUUAAACUUGCCCUUGGCCACCCAUAUGUGAGGGAAAAAAAGGCGAAUGGAGCAGAAAUAACCUAGCUGCCUCAGUUUCUAGAAUGCUUUUUUCAAGGGCUAAAAAUAAAACAAACAUACAAUAUAUGAAGAAAAUAUUUGAGUUGAAGUUACUCCACUCCUGCUUAAUCCUGAACCAUAGAGGAAGUUUUUAUAGCUCUUCCAGAAAGUAUAUAUGCUUGGACUUUUGACAGAUUAUGGCACCCAGUAUAGCAAUGUUAUUACUUCAGUUUAAAAAUAACAAGAAAAUGUCCAAACUUGCCCUCAAAAAAACCCUAGAAUAUUUGUAUUCUUGGGAGCGAGGAAAAUUGUAAAUAUUAUUUUUCAAAAUACCUUAGCAUAGUCCAGCAAGACAUUCUCCUGUGCAAAUGCCAGUGAAAUUUAAAAAAGCUUUUGUAUUCUUCUUUUUCAUUUCACUGAAGUUUCUGCAGGUGAACCUGGAUUGAGCCCUCAGUUCCCAUAAACUGGCAUUCCUGUUUUCAAAAAGGCAAACAUCAAGAUGCUUUCCAUUUCAAACAAGAUGGGAACCUUUUCAGUGUUCUGUCCACCAAACCCCUGCAGAAUUCAGCCGCUGCCAUUCCAGAUGGCUUGUCUAAAAGGUGCUGCAGACACAUUUCCUUCAUGCCACAAGCCUGAGCCACACCCGUUUCUUAAUGAGAUCCUCCAGACUCUGCUUUAAGGACUCCUUUCUGCUCAUGGAUCUACCCUUGCUUCUCUGCCACCAGCAGGGUCCAGUAUAGAGGACUACAGGAAAGCUGCCCUAAACAAAUGGCCCCCUAUUUAUUUUUGUACCUGGUGGGAAAUCCUGACCUUUUCUACCAUAGAACUAACCCUAAGAUAGAGAGUUUAUUUAUUAACCACUAGCAGUGCAAGUCCAGAGUGCUGGGGGUUGAAGAUGAAAAUAAUUUAUUAUUCUAUAUCAGUGUAUGUUUCUGCAGCAAAACAGUAGAUUGAAAACACUGUCUUCAUGUGCAAUAGGCUAAACUGGCAUUGAACCUGCCAUGAAAAGACAAGCCACUUUCAUGCUGCUAAACAUGCUUCAUUACUUCUCUUGAAUGUUGUACUCUCAACAGCUGCUGUGAUAUAGUUUGUGAGGCCUUGUGGAGGAAGAGGGAGGUGUUUGUGGGGGUUCUGAGGCCACUUCCCUCUGCUGAUCCAAACUUGGCCAUGCUUUCUCAUCCACUGGCAAAUAUUCUCAUGUAGGGAAUGUAGGUAUUUUUGGAAGGUGGAAGGUGGAAUGUUGCUUGUGCUUCGUGAAUGGAGAUUGGAGUCCAGUCCUGAUUUUACAGUCAUCAGUGGAAAAAUCUGUAUUCACCAAACAGAAGCUAAGUUCAGAAUGUAACUAACAGCUACAGCACUCUGUGUGUGUGUGUGUGUGUGUGUGCGUGUGCGUGUGCGUGCGCGCGCAUAUAUAUCUUUGUUCAGUUGUCCCAUGGUUAUGGUCUUUGUCCUUCCCAGGGGUGUAGGAAGGGGAGGCGGUGGGGGACGGUCCGCCCCAGGUGCUCUCACUGAGGGGGGUGACACUUGGCGCGCCACCCGCCUGCCCACGAGUCCCAAGCCUACCCCAAGCUGUUGGGGUGAGGCGGGGAGCUGCGCCGCUUUGCCAGCAACAUUCCCCCCUUCCCCCUUCAUUUUGACAGCUUGGGGGAGGCUUGGGAGUUGUGGGCGGGCGGCGGGCCAAAUGUCCGCCAUGGGCAGCUCGCUCUGCCCCCACAAGCGGUUUGCUCCGUCCCUGGCUGCAGGGCACACGCGCCACUCUGGGCACCCAAGCGGCUAUCCUGCGCCUGGGAGGGCACCCUCUGCGCCACGCCCCCCUCAGGAGCACACCCACCCUGGGCAGCGCGGGCAUAUGCUCCACCGCUAGUCCUUCCAACACUGGUUUCUCUUCUGCCUUAGCCAAUCUGUCUGCUUCCCCUAAUGGAGACCUACAAUAUGUCUGAAGACACCAGUUCCACCUCACAACAGUAUUUGAAGUCUUUUGAGCCACCCACCUGGCUGUAAUGCAUGUGUCACUUCCAUUCCACACAUCUGCAGAAGCAUUAGGUAAAGCCAGAGGCAUUCUUGCAAUGAGGCAAGGUGAGGUGGCUGCUUCAGGUGGCAGAUUUUUGGGCAGCGUUGAGGGUUGUACAGUGGGAGGCAGACAGAUUUGAGCUUAUAGUGUAUAAUCCAACAGGUAGAACUCCACACAAGGGUAUCACUUCAGGAGAACUUCCCUGUGGAAUGUGUCCCAUGUUAAUUUAUAGUGAGGGAGGAAGUACCUUUGAAUUUUUCUGUAUUAGACACCAAAACGUCUUGCAACUGUCUAGGUGAAAACUAAGGCUAGUUCUCAUGUUACAGUGCAAAGCAUGCUAGGCUGCCUCGGUUUUUUAAAACCAUUUUUAGGCCAGGUUCUUACUCAGAACUGCAUCUGGGUUGUUCCAUUUUAGACUUCAGUUACAUGUAGGACUUACAUGAUUGAAUGCCCCUCUGUCUAAAACUGCACAUAGAAAACUAGCACAUAAUAACAUUUUUCCUUACAUGCCAGUUUCCUUGUGCAGAGAUUUUUUAAAAUUUUGUUUGAAGAAAUGCUUGGUUAUAAAUGUUCUCACUUGCAGCCUGAUGUAGGUGCAGCUUAGGCGCUGGUUUACUACCUCAGUAAGAACCUGGGUCUGAGUGUGUUAACAACAGCAAAAAAGCGUGGAAUCACAUUCAUACAUGGAACUGCUGCCUCACUUCGCUUCUGCCAGUUCCCAUGUGCUGUCUAUAACCCCUCACCAACUAAGUAGUCAGUGGUUUCUGCUCUCUGAACGGCAUUAAUAAUAAUCAACCCAGCAGGAACUGUAUAAAGUUUCAGAUAACCUUUACCAUGCAUAUCAAGAAUGUCCUGGAAAGUGUGCAUAUUAAAACAGGUUAACUUGUUAUUAAUUGGCACCCUUGUGCCUUGUCUGUAAUGUGUGAACUAGCUGUAACUGGCAUUGACCUCUUCUGGAUCCUGAAAUGUACAGGUUGGAAACAACAAGCACAGAAAAGCAAGCCUCAAAUUAUUGAGGGAGGCAGUUCCUUCUGUGUGUGUUCAAGGGAUCAUUUCAUCCUCAGAACAACCCUCUGAAGGUAGAGGCCAGUACUUGCCCAAGGCCAUCCAGUGAGUAGGGGUUAAUUUGGACUUCUCAAGUGGAAAUCCAACAAUCAUAGAUUCUUAAGAUUUGGAAACGACCCCAAGGGUCAUCUAGUUCAGCCCCCUGCAAUGCAGGAAUCUCAGCUGAAGCAUCCAUGACAGAUGGCCAUCCAACCUCUGCUUAAAACCCUCCAAGGAAGGAGAGUCCACCACCUCUUGUGGGAGUCUGUUCCAAACAGCUCUUACUGUCAUAAAGUUUUUUCCAAAUGUUAGUCACAAUCUCCUUUCUUGUAACUUGAAGCCAUUGCCUCAAGUCCUACCCACAAAAGCACGAGAAAACAAGCAUGCUCUCUCUUCCAUAUGACAGCCCUUAAGAUAUUGGGAAAUGGCUAUCAUAUCUCCUCUCAGUUUCCUCUUGCCCAGCCUAAACAUACCCAACUCCCUCAACCAUUCCUCAUAAGGCUUUGUUUCCAGACUGCACGUUCCAGUUUGUCAACAUCGUUCUUAAAUUAUGGUGCCCAGAAUUGGACACAGUAUUCCAGGUGUGGUCUGACCAAGGCAGAAUAGAGUGGUACUAUUACUUCCCUUGAUUUGGACACUAUACUUCUGUUGAUGCAGCCUAGAAUAGCAUUAGCUUUUUUUGCUGCUGCAUCACACUGUUGCCUCAUGUUAAGCUUGUGGUGCAGUAAGACCUCUAGAUCCUUUUUGCAUGCACUGCUAGUAAGUCCAUCCUAUAUUUGUGCAUCUGGUUCUUCCUGCCUAAGUGCAGAACCUUACAUUUGUCCCUAAUGAAAUUCAUUUUGUUAGCUUGCGCCCAGUUCUCCAGUCUGUUAAGGUCAUUUUGAAUUCUGAUUGUGCCUUCUGCAGCACUAGCUACCCCUCCCAGUUUGGUGUUAUCUGCAAAUUUGAAUUUGCAGAUUUCAGUUCCUUAUCCAAGUCAUUUAUAAGGACGUUGAACAACAACCAGCUCAGGACAGAACGCUAUGGCACCCCACUUGUCACUUUUUUUCAGGAUGACAACAGUAUUACUGUUGCUUUGGCUCCCUUUGCUAGAAGAAUGUUUUCUCAUCCAACUAGGGAGAAUAAUGUGGUGACAUAGAGAUGGACAAAGGUACACACAUACAACAUGUUUCUGAAGGCACAUGAAGCUACCACCUUCUUGAAGCUAAGCGGAUCUUAGGUCUGGUCAGUGGCUGGAUGAGUGACCACCUGGGAAUUACAUCUAUGCCCUUUUGGCUUCCAUGGUGGAAGAAAGGUGGAGUAUAAAUGUAAGAAGAUAAUCAAUCCAUAUCGGAUGAGCUAGGAAGAACUGAUAAUAUUUGUUGUCGCCUGUCAGUAGGAUUGCAGGGAAGUGUGUCAGGGCCUGGAUGCUGUGCUUAUUUUGAGAUGGGGCUCACACCAAGCACUGUGAGAGCUGCUAGUCUGGUGGAUGAUAGUGUAAACUGGGAAGUCCAAAUCUCACCUCAGCUACUAUAAUUAGUUAUUAAAUUCAUAUACCACCCUUCAUCCAUCGAUCUCAGGGUGGUUCACAAUAUAAAAAUAUAAGAUAAAAACACAAAAUACACAAUAAAACAAAACACAGACACACAAACACAUUACUGAGAUUAUAUACACGAAGUUAUUUGAGCAUGCAGAAAAAGCAGUAUUUUAAAACUAUGGUCCCAAUCUAUUUAAAACUAGUUGCCCUUAUUGAAAUUGAACCACAACUAACUUGACCCAUUUAUUUCCAUGGGGCUUGCAAGUAACUAGUGAAUUUAAUCAUGGUCUAAGUAUUAAGAGCUAGAGCAAUUGCGUAUGCUGGGAAGACUAGUCCAAAUCUCAUUUUAGCUGUAAAUUUGCUAGAUGGCCUUAGGCAAGUCAUAACCUCUCAACCUUAGCCCUCUAUCUGGUAUAUGGGGAUAAUAAUUUGACCCUGCAAGGUUGUUGUAAGAAUUGCUGAGAAUAUGUAAGGGAUUACUUUAAACAUCCAUCUGAAUGUUUAUAUAAAUACUACAUUAAGAUGAGGUAUAAAUAAAAUUGUAAUUAUUUUCUUGGUUCUCAAAUUUUAUUGCAAAGCAAGACUGGCACUAAUAUUACCACGUUAGAUAGUGUUCAUUUGGCUUCUGGGUUGUUUUAAAAUUGUUGUUAGGUUAUACCUUUCUGCCAAGAGUCUGAUCUAAUAGGGUAAGGGGGUACUUUCCUGGUCACCUUGUGGCUGGUUUGUCAGUCUGUGCUGACUUCUUCCCAUGGUGGAGCAAUGAGUCCUGCAUAUCAGUCUGCCAUUAUUGUAAAUUGCCCGUUGCAUAUGUAAAAUGUAUUGUAAAGAGUUGCACUCAAUGUGUGAAAGCUAGCAAUAGGUACUUACAGGACUGAUUUGCUGUGAUCAGAUUCAAUCCAUGCAGUGUGAAAAUGGUUGCACUGUUUGAAUUAAGACUUAGAGAUGAACUCUUGUGCAUGGGUCCUUGAGCCUGAGCUAUCAGAAGACUCAAGAGAAGUGGCAAUGGUAUUGCCUCAAAACAGUGUUGCAUAGUGACACACAUUAAUUGAUAAAACCCCAGCAUUCUUCCCUCAACUUUCCAUCCCCGAGCCUUAUUUCUUUCAAGUAUUUUCUCAACCACAAACUUCUGCUGUGGGAGCAGAUCUCUGUAGAGACCAAGAACAUGGAGGAUGGUUGGGUGUCGUUUUUUCUGUUGAGUACCUGUUGCCCUUUGUCACUAGCUAUGGAGCAAAGGAAAGCAUGGACCAUGUUUUUUCAGGGGUGUGUGUGAGAGAGAGAGUGUGUACUGUAUGUACAUCAACUGAGCUGUGCCUGAAUUGAAAGCACUAAUAAAAACAUCCUGACCACA